AUGAACCGAGAAGAGCUUUUGACAGCGGCAUCCAACAAGAAGGGGCACGUCUGUCAGAAACAGCCCCUCGCCAUGCCAGGUGCAAAGCCAGCCUUGUUGAAAAGCAUAGCCCGGAAAAGGUAGGCUGAACUCUCCCUUAGGCUCCUUCUUCUCAACAAUCGCUCCAAAGCUACGGGUGAAAUUUUGAAAGAAACGCCCCAAACCGGGUGGAGACCCGCUUGGAUACUUGAGCCGAUGCUGAACUUGCUUCUCCUUGGGCUACAUUCCAACAGCUGCUUCUGCCCUUUUCAACAAAAGACACUUCCACCCGCCCCAAAACUUCGGGAGGCUUCUGGCGCAUGGAAAGCACAUCGCCAAUGGUGUGGUGAGCAGGAUUCUCAUUAGCAAAGCACCUCCGCAGACUGUUCUUUGAUGCAGAUCUGGUUUCCGUUCAGGUGCCCGGUAACCUGCCCAAACAAUCUCAGGGCGCUUCCAGACAGUUGCUGUUUCAUUCACAAACUGGCAAGUUCAGGUUGAGUAAUCAAAGUUGAUUGAGAGCUCUGGCACAACAUAGGAAGCUGCCGUAGACCAUUGGUCCCUGUAGAUCUGUGCUGACUGGCAGUGGCUCCCCAGUUUUCGGGUAGGAGUCUCUCUCAGCCCUGCCUGGAGAUGUCCUUUCCAACUCUACAGUUCUAUGAUUCUAUAUACCGGAAGGCGAGGGAUAACGCUGACUUUGCGUCGGCGCCAUCUAACCUUCCCACAAGCAAACUGGAGCAAAUGCGCAUUAAGCAGCCAACAUUGUCUCAUCUCCCCGGAGUGAAAGAGCAUUAAAUAGCCAACAUCAGACAGACAGGUGCCAACAAACAACAUCUGAGCUGUGAACACAGUUCUGUCCUCUCUGCAAUCAGUGCGGUCCCGCCACUGGUUUGGGAAGUAGCGUACACAUGAUGCUGGCAGAAAUCCCCUUCCGCCAUUCCUUAUGAAAUACUGCAUUUUGCUGACUUUAGAGUUGAGAUAUUUUGACGAGCAAAAAAGAGGAUGCUAGGACCACCCUCGUUUUAAAUAACCCUACUAUAACAGAGCCUAGGGCUUGCCGAUCAGAAGGUCGGCGGUUCAAAUCCCCAUGACGGGGUGAGCUCCUGUUGUUCAGUCUCAGCUCCUGCCCACCUAGCAGUUCAAAAGCACGUCAAAGUGUAAGUAGAUAAAUAGGUACCACUCUGGCAGGAAGGUAAACGGCAUUUCCGUGUGCUGCUCUGAUUCACCAGAAGCAGCUUAGUCAUGCUGGCCACAUGACUCGGAAGCUGUCUGCGGACAAAUGUCGGCUCCCUCAGCCUACAGAGUGAGAUGAGCACCACAGCCCCAGAGUCAUCCGCGACUGGACCUAAUGGUCAGGGGUACCUUUACCUUUACUUUUACUAUAUGUAGGCUCUAGAAGCUGUGAUAUGUUGCUGAGGGGGCAGGAGAAGGGAAGAGGAAAGCAAGUCUUCAACCACCAGUUAUGUCUAUGUCUCAUCCAGAAAGUAUAGCCAGAGACAUUUUCACAAAUUUAAAAAAAUCUACCCGGACAUAAAUUUUGCCCCUGAAAAAGAGGAUGUGUCCUGGAAAAAGAGGACACAUGGCAACCCAAGACUCCCCCCCCAACCACCUUUGAUCCAAAUUGAGAUAAAGAAGCAACGCAGCUGCAUUUAAGCCCAUAAUGUGUACAGAGGCUUGGUCUAAUCUCUCUGCAAACAAGUCAGGAUGAAUGCUCAAUAAACUGGUCGCCUGGAAGAGCCCUCAGCCUGCCCUGGCCUGCUGCAGACGGGUGGUGAUUAAGAAACCUGAGUCAAAAGCGCACGGAAGCAGGGACCGAUUUCCCCCUACCCCGCCUGCUGCAUCAUUCCCCAUCCUAUGGGAACAUGAGCAAGUUGCCUUCUUCUCUCUUAGCACCUGCAGCCAAUGCGCAAACGUAGGGAUUCCCUGGGUCAACAUCCUAAACCCAUGCUGACGCUACAGAGUUAAACCAUGAAGCUGUCAUGGUUUUCCAGAAAUAAUCCUGGACAUUGCAGGUCUGCCUGGGAGCUAGGACUUUCUAGGCACCAUCUCAGCAAUACUCUGGGUAGGCAAACUAAGGCCCAGGUGCCGGAUCUGGCCCAAUCACCUUCUAAACCUGGCCUGCAGAUGAUCAGCAUGUUUUUACAUGAGUAGAAUGUUGUGGAGUUUGGAGGUUAUAGGGUUAUUUAAAAUGCAUCUCUGGGUUAUUUGUGAGGCCUGCCUGGUGUUUUUACAUGAGUAGAAUGUGUGCUUUUAGUUAAAAUGCAUCUCUGGGUUAUUUGUGGGGCAUAGGAAUUCAUUCAUUUCUUUUCUUCAAAAUAUAGUCCUGCCCCCCACAAGGUCUGAGGGACAGUGGACCGGCCCCCUGCUGAAAAAGUUUCCUGUCCCCUGCUCUCCGCGGUGGCUGGGGAGAAGGCAUAACUGUGGCAUUGUGCCAUGGAAGCUAUCUAAGAGGUAGGAUCUGCAUCCUGCUAGGUGGCCCAGAGGCAAUGCAGAGCCCCUGCCCGCAGUCAUCCCUGGUUGGGCUCGAACCACCAACCUUCUGGUUAGCUACAAUACACGCUAACCUAAGGUUACCAGACGUCCCUGUUUCCCAGGGACAGUUCCCAGAUUUACAAAUCAGUCCCCUGACAAAAUCCUGCCACUCCUAUUGAAGUUGAAAAGUGUCCCCGGAUUCACUGAAAAAAAUCUGGUAAACUUACGCCAACCCCUUGUGCCACUUUGCUGCUGAAGCUCCAACCAGUGCGACGUCUCCUCUGUAUUUAUUGCAACUGCGAGUUUACUCUGAAGCUUAUCCUGGAAAUACAAAACCAGGGUUUGACCUGGACUUGUGGUGCUCUGUCUAUUUUGAGGUGCUAUUUUAAAAAAUGGUGCUAUGCUCCAUCCACUGUGUUAGUUUAUGAUGCUCAUUGUAAUUCUUGGGUUCAGGUUGCCUUUGACUCUUCAGCUAAAAGGGAUUGCAAGCGGUGGUGCUAAAAGCAUUGAGCUUAUUGAUUACUGAUUUGUCCUUUCCCGGUUACCUUAACAUGUUCCUACUGUGUUCAUUCCCCUACAAUUCGAGACUUAUGAGAGGAACAAGGGAGGCGUUCGUGGUGAGUUCCGGCACCUCUUUUCCAAGAAAAAUAGCCCUUGUGUUAAGUAUUCCUCGAUUAUUGCACAUGGGCACAAAUUCUGGCAUUUCUGAGGCAUAGCUGUCAACCGUCCCUUAUUUGGCAGGAAAGUCCCUUAUCCCAGUGCCAUGUCCCACUGCUGUCCCUUAUUGAUGAUGUCCCUUAAAUUUCCCAGGUUUCAAAGGAAGCAGCUCCUCUCCCUCCCUCCCUGCCGGCCAGGGAGGAGGGAGGCUCCAACUGUGUUGCUUGGCUGCGUUGCUCACCCAAUAAGGAGUCUAAGAACGACUGGGGGGGUGGAGCUUGCAUGCCUUGUGCCGAUCAAAUCGGCUGCGUUGCCUGGGGACUUGCCUUUGCUCAGCGCUUCCCAGUGGAGAGGUGACGGUAGUUUUCCUUGCUGCAUCCCCUUUGCUGGGUUGCUGCACUGUGGGAACCACUGCUUGAGGCUUCGUUUGGCUGCUGGCUGGGCUUUCUGCCUUUGGAUCGGAGGGGCUCAGAAGUUGAACCUCCCUGUGCUCUGAAAAUCCCUUAUUUUGGCUGCUGAUCCCUUAUUUUCGAGGCUGCUGGUCCCUUAUUUUCAAAUCUGUAAGUUGACAGCUAUGUUCUGAGGACACUGCCAGCAGGGGGUGCUAGGGAGGUGGAUCCUAUCCACAAAUUCUAGUUUCUUCUGAGUGGCUGGACGGUGUCAAGAGGAACUGGGUGAUCUUAGAACCACAGUCCAUUUCCUGUUGCAUCCCUGAUACUGCUGCUUCUAGUAUGCGAUCACUUCCUGCUAGGGAGCAGGAAGAAUAGGAUUGUGCCAGGCAAAAUACCAGGUGCACCUUCCUCCCAGGAGAGAGAUGGCCCAAGCCGUGGAGAUAUCUCACUACUCUGCACAUAAUUAUUUGUUAGAUGCAACACGUGCAUGGGGUUUUUUUGCUUGUGCCAAGGUUUCAAACCAAGAAACCCGUAGGUGUAAUUUGUUUAGCUUAGCAAUGCAGCGCCUCUCUGAUUCCGCCCUCCAGUUUCCUUCAGCCAGAAACCCAAAGUUGGACCGUGGGAAGGUGAUCGACAAGAAAAGCUUUUUAAAAAUUCUGGAUUUCUACAUUAUUGGAAAUAAAACUAUAUGUGGAGAAAAAUAGAUUUCUGUGUGUGGUGUCUCUGUGUGUGCUUCGAGCAAAUUUCUCGCAGUCUUCACCUUAAAAGGAUCUAAAAUUUUAAAAAUUCCUUCCAGUAGCACCUUAGAGAACACCUAAGUUUGUUAUUGGUAUGAGCUUUUGUGUGCAUGCUCAGUUCUAUCAAAUUUGCAGAUGACACCAAACUGGGAGGGGUGGCUAACACCCCAGAGGACAGGAUCACACUUCAAAACGACCUUGACAGAUUAGAGAACUGGGCCAAAACAAACAAGAUGAAUUUUAACAGGGAGAAAUGUAAAGUAUUGCACUUGGGCAAAAAAAUGAGAGGCACAAAUACAAGAUGGGGGACACCUGGCUUGAGAGCAGUACAUGUGAAAAGGAUCUAGGAGUCUUGGUUGACCACAAACUUGACAUGAGCCAACAGUGUGACGCGGCAGCUAAAAAGCCAAUGCAAUUCUGGGCUGCAUCAAUAGGAGUAUAGCAUCUAGAUCAAGGGAAGUAAUAGUGCCACUGUAUUCUGCUCUGGUCAGACCUCACCUGGAGUACUGUGUCCAGUUCUGGGCACCACAGUUCAAGAAGGACACUGACAAACUGGAACGUGUCCAGAGGAGGGCAACCAAAAUGGUCAAAGGCCUGGAAACGAUGCCUUAUGAGGAACGGCUAAGGGAGCUGGGCAUGUUUAGCCUGGAGAAGAGGAGGUUAAGGGGUGAUAUGAUAGCCAUGUUCAAAUAUAUAAAAGGAUGUCACAUAGAGGAGGGAGAAAGGUUGUUUUCUGCUGCUCCAGAGAAGCGGACACGGAGCAAUGGAUCCAAACUACAAGAAAGAAGAUUCCACCUAAACAUUAGGAAGAACUUCCUGACAGUAAGAGCUGUUCGACAGUGGAAUUUGCUGCCCAGGAGUGUGGUGGAGUCUCCUUCUUUGGAGGUCUUUAGGCAGAGGCUUGACAACCAUAUGUCAGGAGUGCUCUGAUGGUGUUUCCUGCUUGGCAGGGAGUUGGACUCGAUGGCCCUUGUGGUCUCUUCCAACUCUAGGAUUCUAUGAUUCUAUGAAAGCUCGUACCAAUGACAAACCUAGUUGGUCUCUAAGGUGCUACUGGAAGGAAUUUUUUCAUUUUGUUUCAACUACGGCAGCCCAACACGGCUACCUACCUGUAACUUAAAAGGAUCCGCUACAGUUUUACAGAGCAAAGCUGUGAAAUGCAAGCUCAGGUAGCUCGGUGGUUUACGCACACACCCAAUCCUCAGAUUAUAAACAGACGUCCCACAACAGGCAUGGGCAAGGUCUGCAAAAACUCUCUCCCACUAUUAAAUCGUGUUCUCUAAUAGGUGAACAUCAGAACAUAAGACGAGCCCUCCCCUUUAUCACAUACACAGCCCAGCAAGACAAUGACAAUAAUCCACCAACAGCAUACAAAUCAGUAUGGCUAACCUAAUCCAAAACACCCACCCACCCCACUCACACAUGAAAACAAAGACCACCACAGCCAACCGCAAAUGAACAGCCACACCCUAGGCCAACCCCAACCUCUCUCACCACCUAAGGAACACAAGCGAACAGCAGAGAACCUGCACAAGCGAAGCUGACACAAAACCCCACAUAUAUUAAGCAAAACAGAGGCAUCGCAACCCGACCCCCCCCAUCUUCCCCCCUCCCCCCCCCAAUGUCUCAACAAAUGAAACUGAUUUGUAAAAAUGUUACAUGGAAAAAAUACAAGAGAUAUUACACACACUUCUGUAAAACAAGAAAAUCUUUAAUUAAAAAAAACUAAAAACAGAAAGAAAAAAAAGAACAUAAGACGAGCCUUACUGAAUCGGGCCUUUGGCCCAUCUAGUCCAGUAUCCUGUUCUCACAGUGGCCAAUAAGCAAGCAGGAUUCGACCAUAAGAACCCUCUCCCCUCCUGUAGUUUCUAGAAACUGGUGUUGCUGCCUCUGAGCUGGAGGCAGGAGCAUAGACCAAUUGCCCUCUUCUCCAUGAAUUUGUCCAAUCUUCUUUUAAAGCCAACCAAGUUGAUGACCUGUGGCAGUGAGUUCCAUAGGUUUAACUAUGCCCCGUGUAAAUAAGUUCUUUCUUUUAUCCAUCCUGAUAUUUUGGGGGGUAUCGGGGGGUAGUUAGAAGCCAUAGUCAACAAAAAUGGACCAUUGGCAGUAGAACCAUGGUUCAUUUUUGUUGGCUUAGGCCAGGCUUCCUCAACCUCAGCCCUCCAGAUGUUUUUGGCCUACAACUCCCAUGAUCCCUAGCUAGCAGGACCAGUGGUCAGGGGUGAUGGGAACUGUAGUUUCAAAACAUCUGGAGGGCCAAGGUUGAGGAAGCCUGGCUUAGGCCAACUCCCCUUGUAGAAAGCCCCUGUGGCACAAUUGCUUCUGAGUGGGCAUCUAUAGGAUGGCACUAUCAGCUUAUUAGGGAGUAAAUCCCAUUGAACGCAAUGUAACUUCUGCGUAAUGCAAAGCUCACAUGACAUUUGGAAGUGUGACCUAAGGACACAGUGCGGGGCGGGAAUGCAUAUUGCUCAGAUCUUAUAUGUUCCAAUGUGUGUACACUCACACUGCAUCAUGGGUUUUACAGUCUCCGAUGGACUCCGAAGCCCAUGAUGCAGUGUGACAGGAGCCAAAGCACACAAGCGAAAUGCAUCUAGAAUUUGUAUAACAGAAUAUUCUGCACACUUCAUCCACAGCCCUGCUCAUAGUUCUUUUGAGAUGCUGUCCAUUUGUGCACAGGUACGCAUACCUGGAGACUAUGUUUAGGGCACGUAGUAUAAUACCAUCACAUUGACAAAAAUUAGAGCGGAUGGGAUGUGUGAUAACACUUAAGAUACUGUUUAUGUCUCUUCCGGCCAAGGUUCUUAGAAUUUGCAGAAUUCGAGUUUGCCCUCGAAUUCUGCUUUGAAAAUGACACAGCUGGCACCAUGCCAGAGAGAAGUGAAUUUAAACACAUUCUGUGCAACACUGUGGAAAUGAGUGCUAAUUUGAGUGGUGCUCAGAGCAUGAGCAGAGCUGGUAAUUAAGUGAGUUCCAGCUGCAACUGCCCUCAGCGGAUGUGCUGGCAGGCCUGAACCCAUGACUGUGGCUUGCAGCGAACAAGUUACACCAGAUUCUCAGGUCUCACUUUUGGGCGUUCCCAAGAGCCUAGAAGCACACUCAGAUGUUCCAGCGCCAAGCCGGCAUCUCAUAUUGCUUCUUAUCGGUUUGGGGAGCAGGGGAGCUCACGGCGUCCCUGGAUACAGGCAGCUGAUGAAGAAGAGGGCAGCGAUGAAGGCUGUGUCACCUUUGAGAAGCCCUUUGGAAUAGCAAAGCUAAACCCUCCUUGAGAAAUUCUGCAAAAAAAGGAAGGGGAUGGACCAAUUCAUCAGGAAACACUGUGCUUUCCUCACUACCUUCUGGAACAAAUUUUUGCCCCACAGGGUUUCCAACAGCUGUCCUUUGGAGUUCUGGGAGCCGGUCUCCGGAUCCCUACACCCCACACUGGAUCCCGACCCCGAAGAACCCGCUUUCUCCCUCUUUGGGGUGCUCUACGACUUCACGGCCAGGAGUGCAGAUGAGCUGAGCGUCAACAGAGGAGAGAAACUUUGCGUCCUCAAAGAAGAGGGAGGGUAUGUCUUAGCAAGGCGGCUUUCGGGGGACCCAGUAAUGGGCUACGUGCCAGCCAACUACAUCAGCAAGCUCAGCCAGGAACCGUCUGCGCAGCAGCCGUGAGUAUCCGAGUCUUUUGUGGGGUGCCAGCUAUCGCGCCAGCACCGUUCAGAUGUUUCUGAAAGCUUCCAAAAUUAUGUGGGUUCUGUGCAACAUGGUUUGGGGGAGUGUGGGCUUUUUUGGAGGGGUGAGAAAGAAGCAACAAGAACAGGAGAAAGGAUCUUACCCAAACAUCUCCAGAAGGGAACCUUCCCUAGCAUAAAUGGCACAGUGGGUCAGUGCAUCUGGCUGUUAACCCAAAGGUUGGUGGUUCGAGCCCACCCAAGGGCGGCAGUGGGCAGGAUUGAGGUUGAAUCCUGACAAGACAGAAGUACUGCUUUUGGGGGACAGGGGGCGGGCUGGUGUGGAGGACUCCCUGGUCCUGAAUGGGGUAACGGUGCCCCUGAAGGACCAGGUGUGCAGCCUGGGAGUCAUUUUGGACUCACAUCUGUCCAUGGAGGCGCAGGUCAAUUCUGUAUCCAGGGCAGCUGUCUACCAGCUCCAUCUGGUACGCAGGAUGAGGCCCUCCCAGCCCACAGACUGUCUGGCCAGAGUGGUGCACGCUCUGGUUAUCUCCCGCUUGGACUACUGCAAUGCGCUCUAUGUGGGGCUACCUUUGAAGGUGACCCCGAAACUACAACUAAUCCAGAAUGCAGCAGCUAGACUGGUGACUGGGGGCGGCUGCCGAGACCACAUAACACCAGUCUUGAAAGACCUACAUUGGCUCCCAGUACGUUUCCGAGCACAAUUCAAAGCGUUGGUGUUGACCUUUAAAGCCCUAAACGGCCUUGGUCCAGUAUACCUGAAGGAGAGUCUCCACCCCCAUCGUUCUGCCCGGACGCUGAGGUCCAACUCCAAGGGCCUUCUGGCGGUUCCCUCAUUGCGAGAAGCAAAGCUACAGGGAACCAGGCAGAGGGCCUUCUCGGUACUGGUGCCCGCCCUGUGCAACACCCUCCGUUCAGAUGUGAAGGAAAUAAGCAGCUAUCCUAUCUUUAAAAGACAUCUGAAGGCAGCCCUGUUCAGCGAAGUUUUUAAUGUAUGACAUAUUAGUGUAUUUUUGGCCUUUGUGGAAGCUGCCCAGAGUGGCAGAUGGGCGGGGUACAAAUAAAUUAAUAUUAAUAUUAAUAUUAAUAUUAAUAUUAAUAUUCCUGUGUUGCGGGAAUGGGCUACAUGACACAGCUGUAUGUGUGAUUCUAAAAUUUUGUGAGCUGUUGGGUGUGAAAAGAGUUAACAGAUCAAGCAACAUUUCUAAAAAUUUACCACUUUCCCCCCAAAAUAAAUAAUGUAGCUAUGUAUACUAGUUUUGCUGAUUUGCAUCUGUGUGUUCUUAAUUGUUUUAAGCACAUCACUUUGAUUUUUAAAAAAGCUGUUUAUUCUUAUUUUUUGAUUUAAAGAUAAGGAAUAGAUCUAUAGCAACCAAAUUUGAUAAACAUAUCGCUGUUGACAUGUGCCUAAUGCAGAAGACAGACAGGAGACCCUCUUUUUAUUCUUGAUUGGCGGGUCGGCCUCAAAGCAUCUUGGUUAUGAUUGGUCUGAUUUCUAAAUAAUAACUAUGGCUAGCCAAAUGACUACCAAAGGAUGGGAAUGUGUCUAGGGAAAGAUUUGCUGACUGGUUGUUGCUCCCCUUUGUAUGUCCACAUUCAGUCUCGUCUCUUUGCUUCGCAGUUUGCCAAACAGGAAAAUGUUUGCCCCUAGUGUGAGGUGGUUUGGUUGCUGCUUAUGCAAAUAGGUCUAAAAUGAGAGGGGGGACUGGCCGGUGCUGCUGUCACAAAGCCACCAAUUUCCUCAUAAACCAGAAGAAGCCAGUGCUAUUCUCCAAUGCAGUUCCUGGGCAAAAGGAAGUUCGGGAAGCGAAAGCAGAUGGACUUGUGGGACCCUACAGUGGUGCCUCGCAAGACGAAAUUAAUUCGUUCCGCGAGUUUUGUCGUCUUGCGAUUUUUUUCGUCUUGCAAAGCACGGUGUCGGGAAAGUUUUGGAAAAGCUUCAAAAAUCACCAAAGUCUUUAAAAACCUCAAAGGCUACCACACCGCGUUCUAUGAGUUGCUCCUCGAAGUCAAGUCGCAACUGUAUUAACGGUGUUAAGAAAAAGGAAACAAACUUGCAAGACGCUUCCGUCUUGCGAAGCAAGCCCAUAGGGAAAAUCGUCUUGGGGAGCAGCUCAAAAAACAAAAAACCCUUUCGUCUAGCGAGUUUUUUGUCUUGCGAGGCAUUCGUCUUGCGGGGCACCACUGUAUUUAGACAUGAUUUUCUGUUACCUCACGUCUUCCGAGGCUGGGACAUUUACAGUACACUGAAAGCAAGCGUAAGCCGCAGUGAAACCGAGGUUCAAAUAAUGCCCCGUCUCUCUCUUUUUUUUUUAUUGACAUUUGUGUUAAAUUUCAGAAAUUUUAACAAAUUAACUUCAACUUUCAUACAUAUUUCUCUUAACGGUUUGACUUUCCACCCUUACCUCCAUGAUGUUUCUAUUCUCACCCUUUUUCCUGCUGCCUUAUGCACCAUAUUUAUAUCUCAUACUUAUUUCCUCUCUUACAAUUGCUGUCAGUUCUUUUCCGCUACUUAAAUUUCAACUUAAUCUGGCUAUAAUACUCCUUUAGAUAACCCAAAGGGGGUCUCCACUCUAGUUCAUAAUUUUGAUCUCUUACCCUUGCUGUCAAUUUCAUCAUUUCUGCAUAGUCCAUUAGAGCCAAAUUCUUCCUUGAAUGGAACUUCUCCUUCUUUCCAUUUUCUGUUGUUGUUGUGUACAUAAAUAGUUUAAUUAUCCUCUUUGUGGGACACCCGUCCCUAUUACCACUAGAAGGAAAGCUUCACGUUUUUUGGUAGCAACCAAUUUUAACGUUUUCUUCAUUUCAUUGCGUGCCAUUUCCCCCAAACCCUUCGCUUUUCACACAUCCACCACAUAUUUUAAAAAAGACCCUUAGGUAUGUUUACAUUUCCAACAUUUACCGGACAUGGUUUUAUAGAUCUUGGCAUUUUAUUUGGCGUUAAGUACCACCUGCAUAUCAUUUUCAUAUUGUUUUAACAUGUAGCAGGCAGUCAAUAAUGUUCCAUCUCUGAGCCUAACACCAGUAGGAUUUGGAAGCUGCGCCAUCGAUCCCGCACACAUACUAGAAAGUGCUGUGCAAAUUAUCCCGUAGAUCAAAGCAGGUGAAAUUAGGGCUUUUGCGCAGAGGGACAGAAUUUGGGUUCCAGGGUUGGUGGGCUAGUGGGUUGCUAGACGAAUCCAACAGGAGGCAGCAAGAACUCAUCCUGGCUCAUAGGUGGCAUUUGCCAGAGAGACCAUCCCUAGAACCUUUGAGCUCCUUGGGCUGUGAAAGAGCCCAUGGAAAGUAAUCACCAAGGACACAGUGCCCCUGAGCAUGUGCAGUGUGCUUUUCUCUCGUUGCUCAGUAAACUAAGGCUACCAAAUUUUUUCCAAAGAAUCCAGGGACAUUUUUUUUAAGAGAAAAAAAUCGAGAAGUAAUUUGUUCUCUUCUGUGGUCUCCUCUGUUGUGCGGCCUUAAUCUGGGCUCCCUUGGAGUGUUAGCCGCUAUGGAGUAGGCUCGGGUCGGGCCUGGGCUCAGCUACAUGUCCUUGCCCUCCCGGUGCUCUCCUACCUUUCCUCCUCAGCGGUGGCGAUGGUGAUGGCGUGGCAAGGUUGGGGCUCCCCUCUUUUUUCUCCUUCUUCUUUCUCUCUCUUCCUUCUUCUUCUCCUCUCCUCCUUCUCCCUGCAUUGGCUCUGGGGUUUUCCUGGCCCCGGAGCACCGCUGGGUGGUCAACUGGGUGGCCAGGCGCUCUCGCUCCCGGCUCAAUUUGGGUCAUGGGGGGAUCAGUGGUUCCCCCAGUCCCCGGUUCCCCCUCGGCAGUGGCGGCAGCAGUCUCAGCAGCCCACAGCCAGCCUGGUAGCACAGUUGGCUCUAGCUGGCUUCAGGAGCUGCUCACUGCCGUGGCACCCGCCAUUUUGCCUCGCCAGAAGACCCCAUAUGAUAUGUCUUGUGCCGUUGAACCAAUCAUGCAACAUUCAUUCCCUACGAAUAAAUCUACAACACUUGAAAUAUAAAUUCGGGGACAUUCCGGGGACAGAUUUUGUCCAGGGACAGAUUUGUAAAUCCAGGGACUGUCCCCGGGAAACAGGGACGUCUGGUAACCAUACAGUAAACACACUGGUGUUAAAGAGUCAGAGGGUGUCACAUUCUGAGUGAACAGCACGUGGAAACUGCUGUGAGCAUGCACAGAUCGCCUAACUAGAGAACUGUGUGUCGGGAGCAACUCAGCCCCCCAUUUUUGGCACAUUCCCAUUGAGGGGGGACACAGGGCGCGAAAGGCAGUGCUGCCUUGUUCCUGAGUCCUGGCCCCUCUCCCCCCGGCAGCACUCCGUGUGGGGUGGAGGGAAGGAGACCAGAGGUCAAAGCCAGUGUGGUGCAGUGGUUAGAGUGUCGGACUAAGACCUGGGUUCAAAUUCCCACUUGGUCAUACAGCUCACUGGGUGACCUUGGGCCAGUCAUUGCCUCUCAACCUGACCUACCUCCCAGGGUUCUUGUGAGGCUAAAAUGGGCAGGAGGAGAAGCUGGUCCUAAGUUGCAUAGGGACUUAUAUACCAACAACUGGUAUAUAAACUACAACUAAUCCAGAAUGUGGCAGCUAGACUGGUGACUGGGAGCAGCCGCCAAGACCACAUAGCACCGGUCUGGAAAGACCUACACUGGCUCCCAGUACAUUUCCAAGCACAAUUCAAAGUGUUGGUGCUGACCUUUAAAGUCCUAAAUGGCCUUGGUCCAGUAUACCUGUAGGAGCGUCUCCACCCCCAUUGUUCUGCCCGGACACUGAGGUCCAGCGCCGAGGGCCUUCUGGCGGUUCCCUCACAGCGAGAAGCCAAGUUACAGGGAACCAGGCAGAGGGCCUUCUUGGUAGUGGCACCCGCCCUGUGGAAUGCCCUCCCACCAGAUGUCAAAGAGAAAAAUAAUUACCAAACUUUUAGAAGACAUCUGAAGGCAGUCCUGUUUAGGGAAGCUUUUAAUGUUUAAUAGGUUAUUGUAUUUUAGUGUUUUGUUGGAAGCCGCCCAGAGUGGCUGGGGAAACCCAGCCAGAUGGGCCGGGAAUAAAUAAUAAAUUAUUAUUAUUAUUAUUAUUAUUAUUAUUAUUAUUACUGCAAGAAGAGCCAAAAUGGGUCAGUGGUCUGACUCUGCAUAAGGCAGUUUAAGAUGCUCUUAGCUUGGCCUGAGCCAAAUGCAAUUCCCUCAGCAAAGUUGUUACAUGACGGCAGUGGUAUCUCCUCCACAUAGCGACGUAGAUGCUGCCUGCCUGUCCCCCCAAAUCAAGUAAAUAAAUAAAAAUACUUAACUCACUGACCAUUGCAGAUAACAUACAUCCUGGCUAGGCCCAUACCCCAAUAUGUUGAGCCUCAAAACCAGGAUGCAAGUUUUCCCAGCCUUGCACAAGUCACAUGAUCACGGAGCCUAAAAUAUUUGGGGAGGGUUUUUUUGGGGGGGGAGAUCUCAGCCCGAAAUCAUGGCGCCCACAAUGGCCACCAUGCUCUUGCCGGAAAGAAACAGGAUGUCCCAUUUUUUCCAGGGCACUUGUGGGGCAUUUAGUGCAUGAACACUGCAUUAACCCUGUCCAGGAAUUGUCAUGGCUGGUGUGGCAGCCAGACUAGGUCGAAGGCAGCCACUGAGGUCACCUGGGCCUCUAGUGACAAAGACGGAUUUAAAACUAACCCCCAAGCUACAAACCUGUGCCUUCAACCCCAUCCAGAACUGGCAACUGAUCUGGCUCCUGGACAUGCUCACAGGGCUUGUGUCUUGCCAGGACUCUGCCUCAGUUUGUUGGCUCUCAUCCAUCCCGUUGCCAGUUCAGAAGCUGCACAGCCACGCCUGGUUCAGAUGAUGCAGAGAAACAGAGCUGCGUGUCCUCAGCACAUGGACCCUCGUGGACGCGGCUGGUGCUGUGGUCUAAAGCACUGAGCCUCUUGGGCUUGCCGAUCAGAAGGUUGGCAGUUCAAAUCUCCACGACGGGGUGAGCUCCUGUUGCUCUGUCCCAGCUCCUGCCAACCUAGCAGUUCAAAAGCACACCAGUGCAAGUAGAUAAAUAGGUACCGCUGUGGCAGGAAGGUAAACGGUGUUUCCGUGCGCUCUGGUUUCUGUCAAGGUGUUCUGUUGCCCCAGAAGCAGAUUAGUCCUGCUGGCCACAUGACCCAGAAAGCUGUCUGUGGACAAACACCGACUCCUUCGGCCUGAAAGCGAAAUGAGCGCUGCAAGCCCAUAGUCGCCUUUGACUGGACUUAACCAUCCGGGGUCCUUUACCUUUUUCCUUUACCUUCCAACUCUACAAUUCUGAGUCCAUGAUUUCUUAGGCUGCAGUACUAUACACAGAUAUGAGAAGCAAGUCUCACUGACCUCAAUAGAGGUUAUUUCUGAGUAAGGAUGUAAGGCAGGGCUUAGUGAACUGUGGCUCUCCAGAUGUUGGUAGACUACAAGAACCAUCAUCCCUGAUCAUUGGCCAUGCUGGUUGCAACCUGAUGGGAGUUGGAGUCCAAAAACAUCUGGGUGGCCAGGUGUACAAGAUCGUAUGGUGCAUCUCAUUCCCAAACCUAUUGGUAGCUUAUUAUAACAAAAGCAAAUUGACAGUGAAAUCCUAUAGUGGCUCAGUUGGUAGAGCAUGAGACUGCUGAUCUCGGGGUUGUGGGUUCGAGCCCCACGUUGGGCAAAAGAUGCCUGCAUUGCAGGGGAUUGGACCCAUGUGGUCUCUUCCAGCUCUACAACUCUAUGAUCUCAUAUUGGAAGGAAGUUGCACUGAGUUCGAUGCGGCUUAUUUCCAGGAAGAUGCUUUCGGGACUGCAAUUUCUGGCAGCAAUCCUAAACUAGGGACGAGAGUAAGUCCCACUGAACAGGGUGGGAUUCAUUUCCAAGUGUCUUUUUGCUACUUCUUUGCUUUAAAAUAGUUACAUACUGCCUUCUGGGAAUGAUUCCAAGUGAGUUUAAACAAAUAGAAAAGCAAUAAAUCCAAACAAAGCAAAUCACAGAUAAAAAAGCCAUUUGAGGUUGCAAUUUUGCAGUCCCUGGAAGCAUGCCACAGUGGGGGGAAAGGGACAUAGGAUUCUUUGGAUCUCCCUCUCUGAGACAGGAGGGACAGAUCUGUCUUCCGAGAGAGAGAUCUGACCUCAUACGCCUCCUCUGUGAAGCUGCAGAAAGGUCUGCAGCUGGUGCCCCAAUGACAUCAGAGAGGACAAAAAGGAAGCGGGGUGGGGGACAUUGUGCCAAGAGUCCUCUGGGAGGGCCAAAUCACAUUUGUGAUUUCAAACACCGCAAGGCUGUGUUUACAAGUCUCAUUUUUACAAUGCUGUACACACCAAAGGGAUGUCUUUGCCUGAUGUGCAUUACCUGAUUUGUCUUCCCGGGGCCUGCAACACACGCAGCAUUCCAUGAAUCUGACAUGUGCGCAUGCGCUUCUAUCCGCACAUGCGCAGCGGCUGUCUCGAGUGCACAUGCCUCAGCCUAACUGCAUCUUACAUCUUCAAAUUAGAUGGAAGCUGGCGCUGUGGGUUAAGCCUAGGACUUGACGAUCAGAAGGUCAGUGGUUCGAAUCCCCGCGACGGGGUGAGCUCCCAUUGUUCGGUCCCUGCUCCUGCCAACCUAGCAGUUUGAAAGCACGUCAAAGUGCAAGUAGAUAAAUAGGUAGCGCUCCGGCGGGAAGGUAAACGGCAUUUCCAUGCGCUGCUCUGGUUUGCCAGAAGCGGCUUAGUCCUGCUGGCCACAUGACCCGGAAGCUGUACACCAGCUCCCUCGGCCAGUAAAGCGAGAUGAGCGCCACAACCCCAGAGUCGGCCAUAACUGGACCUAAUGGUCAGGGGUCCCUUUACCUUUACCUAGUUUGAAGGAAAGCCCAUCAAACAGCAGCAUUUUUAUUGAGACGCUACAGGAGAUAUAUGGAUUGUGGACUUGGCUUCCAACACUAUUAUUAUUAUUAAUAAUAAUAAUAAUAAUAAUAAUAAUAAUAAUAGCCCAUGCUCUUCACUUCCUCAGGCACGCUCCUGGGACACGGAUCAAACUGCACCAUUCUUACAGCUGGUGUGGUUUAUUUUGGGAGGGGAACCAUUUUGGGGGGGGGAGUGUUGAUAUUUUCACCCCAUCCCAUUGCGAGAAUCUCCUGAUCUUCUACUCUACCGCUCCUGACUGACUGCCUGACUCUGUGUGUGGAGAGAGUCUUAUCUAUGUAGUGACUAGAUGGCUGAGUGGGAGCUGUAACACUCAUGCAAGCCAGUAGUUCUUUAGUUUGUAGUAGCUAUUAGAAAUAAAAGAAGUUAUGCUUCACAGCUUUCUUCCGCGUUCUUCAUACUCUGCUGAGUCUGGUGCUCACAAUGCAGUUAUGAGUCCAGUGCACUGGGACCUGUUUUCCAGGAUUGGAAGGUCUCUGAAAGUGAUCCAGUCGCCUAGCUCAGUCGGGGCAGAACCAGUUAUUGAGCCCAGUCGCCGACAUCGGUUGAAAGGCGUACUGACAGGGAGAAAAAGAAAGAAAAGCACAGCACAGCACACAUUUUGUUCUGCUGACACUAGCAGAACAUAGGAAAAGGCACUUUGGUUCUCCUUCCCUUCCUCUCCCUUUUGGGUUGCUCUGCAAAAGUCAGAGGGAGGCAUUCAGCUAAUCUUUACUCAUGUUGUUGUUUAGUCGUUUAGUUGUGUCCGACUCUUCAUGACCCCCUGGACCAGAGCACGCCAGGCACUCCUGUCUUCCACUGCCUCCCGCAGUUUGGUCUAACUCAUGCUGGUAGCUUCGAGAACACUGUCCAACCAUCUCACCCUCUGUCGUCCCCUUCUCCUUGUGCCCUCCAUCUUUCCCAACAUCAGGGUCUUUUCCAGGGAGUCUUCUCUUCUCAGGAGGUGGCCAAAGUAUUGGAGCCUCAGCUUCAGGAUCUUUCCUUCCAGUGAGCACUCAGGGCUGAUUUCCUUAAGAAUGGACAGCUUUGAUCUUCUUGCAGUCCAUGGGACUCUCAAGAGUUUCAUCCAGCACCAUAAUUCAAAUAUUUACUCAUAGCAGACCCAUUUAAAAGUAAUCACAGAAUCGUAGAGUUGGCAGGGACAUUGAGGGUCCCCUUGCAAUUCAGGAAUCUCAGCUAAAUCAUCCAUGGCAGAUGGCCACCUAACCUCUGCUUAAAAAUCUCCAAGGAAGGAGACCCAACGUUGAUUAUUAUCCCUUAAUUUUAAAUGGGUCAACUCUGAGUAAAAAUUAGUUGUAUACCACCCAGGGAGUUUAAAACAUUUCAGAUAGUGAUUAUGUGUUUCAAAGUCUACAUGAACAACAACAAUAAAAUGUUUAGCACUAACAGGCAGACCUCCCUAGGUCUGCAGCUGGGGCAGUACUGCCAGAAGGGAGUAAACAAACAGGCAUAGGAUUACGCUGUAAAAUAUAGUAAAAGCACACAUAUUAAAAAGGAGAAUCACCGGACUAGCCAGCAGCUCUAAAAGCCAGACAAAAUAAACGUCGCUUGCGAAAUUGAGUAAAUUGCCUACUUAUAAUCAACCUUGUGUUGCAACUUACUCAAAACGUUUUCAUGAGUUCCAUUAGUUAUAAUGGACUUGCAGAAAAUGUUCCCUGGAUUGCACCUCGAAACCUGCUGAAUUUUCAAAGUCUGAAAUAGAGUCAUAGGAUUGUAGAGUUGGAAGGGACCGUGAGUGUCAUCUAGUCCAACCCCCUGAAAUGCAGGAAACUCAGCUAAAAAAAAUUUUGAGAGGAGCACUCGCAUGUGAAAAUUCAACCGUAGUUUCCCCAGCUCCCUUCUCCAUUAAUUUCUGCUCUGGUUUGAUGAAAGCAUCACGACAAAAAUCAGAAUACAGUGGUACCUCUGGUUAAGUACUUAAUUCAUUCCGGAGGUCUGUUCUUAACCUGAAACUGUUCUUAACCUGAAGCACCACUUUAGCUAAUGGGGCCUCCCGCUGCUGCCGCACCGCCGGAGCACGAUUUCUGUUCUCAUCCUGAAGCAAAGUUCUUAACCCAAGGUAAUAUUUCUGGGUUAGCGGAGUCUGUAACCUGGAGCGUAUGUAACCUGGAGCGUAUGUAACCCAAGGUACCAUUGUAUAGAGAGCAGUGGUUAUUCAGUCUCAACUUGAACCUUUUUCUUUUUAAUUGCUAAAAUGUGUUCAGUGAAGCCUAUGCACAAGCACAUACACACAUCAAAAGUUGCUGUCACAAACAAAACGAACAGCUGCCCCCACUGAACUCAAACAUGAAAGCCUGGCAUGCAUUCAGAAGCUAGCAUCUGGUGUUCACAUUUGGAAUCUUAAAAAUUCAGAAUUUGGAACCGGAGGUGUAGAAAGGCACCACGCUACUUCAAAACAGGAGGACCAGGGUGGCUACGGUUCCCACAAACACAAGGGAAUUUAUGGGGUGAGAAGUGGCCUCCCAAAAGUAAUUUCACAGCUAAUAACUUCUCUUUACAUGCGAGUCCCUUCCCUCUUGCUAAUUAUAGGUUUCGACAGGGAAGGAGGAAAUGUAUACUGUAUAAACAAACAAAAAAUAUGCUAAGUAAUCACAUUUCCAUUUUCAAUCCAAACCCACUCAGGGCCACAAGUUCAGUGGCUUGUCUUUUUUUAUAUAAUAUUUUUUAUUAAUUUUAACAUAUAAAUUAUAAAAUGUACCACAAAACUUAUCACUUAUACAAUCUUUUUGGACUUCCAUCAGCACCUCUGAUGAUCCACCAUUUUAACCACUUUUUAUGCAUUUCUUAACUUUAUAUUGCCUUUACAUCUCUUAACAAAUCAUCCUGCCCCUUGUCCAUUUUUACAAUACUUCUAAUAAUACUCCUCACAAAACUUCUUGCAACCCUACAAACGUCAUCUGUUCUUCACAAUUACUUUUCAAAUAGUCCGUAAAUUUACUCCAGUCUUCUGUGAAUUUCUGGUCUCACCGGUUUCAAACCCUUCCUGUUAGUUUAUCUAAUUCUGCAUAGUCCAUUAACUUCAUCCUCCAUUCUUCAAUCGACGGUAACUCUUCUUGCUUCCAUUUUUGGGCCAAUAAUAUUCUUGCUGCUCUUAUUGCAAGUUCAGUGGCUUGUCAUGUGGUUCAGGCAUGCCCAUUUCAUACCCUCCAAGGGCCCCUGUUUUCCAGGGACAGUACUGGAAUUACGAAAGCCAUCCCAGCUUCUGAUUUGAUCCAGGAAUGUCCCUAUUUCCCCUGCCAGCACAAAAUGCUACAGAGCUCGGGGGGAAAGGAUGAGCUGGCGCUAGGCUCUCCAGGGCCUCUCCAGGGCUACUGCUGAAAGCCUACUUCCUGGGGCAGCUCAUAGCAGCUGCUGGUGGGGGGGGGCAAGGAGGAGGAGAGACUGGUACCUCUGAGGUCCAGCCCCACAUGACGUGCUGGUUCCGAGGGGCAGACAGAGGGCAGCGCCCACCGGGUGGGAAGUAAGGGGGAGCAGAGCAGAGAGCAAUGAGUCUUGAUUUAAAAAAAAAAAGCUUUGUGCAUUUGCCCUUCUUCUGAUAGGAAAUGCUCUGCCGGGGGGGGGGCGGGGGAGACACAAACAUGUGGGGUCAAGGAGGGUCAGUUGGUAGGGACUGAAAAAUGCCCCGAUUUUCAUUUGAGGAAUAAUAAUAAUAAUAAUAAAUUUUAUUUAUAUCCCGCCCUCCCUGGCUAGAGCCAGGCUCAGGGCGGCUAACACUAAUAAAAUCACAGUAAAAACAUAAUACGGGGAAAGGAGAGGGGGAGGAACCAAUUUAAAAUACAAGUUAAAAUACAAUUUAAAAUGCAGCCUCAUUUUAAAAUUGCCGAUAAAUCAAGACCACAAGGGGAGGGAAACAUAAGGGUCAGACCGAGUCCAAACCAAAGGCCAGGCGGAACAGCUCUGUCUUGCAGGCCCUGCGGAAAGAUGUCAAGUCCCGCAGGGCCCUUGUCUCUUGGGACAGAGCAUUCCACCACGUCGGGGCCAGUGCUGAAAAGGCCCUGGCCCUAGUUGAAACCAAUCUAACCUCCUUGUGCCUCGGGACCUCCAAAGUGUUGUUAUUUGUGGACCUUAAGGUCCUCCGUGAGGCAUACCAGGAGAGGCGGUCCCGUAGGUACGUGAAUGUUGGAAGGUUUGCCGUUUCAUUUGCUAACGGUGCGCGAGGGUGUCAUUUGACCUGUCCUGUGCUUGGACAUUGUGCACAUGUUUGCAAACCCACAAGAUAAGGAAGUGGUUUGUUCGUGGGUGGAUUUCUGUUGGUUGGUCAGCAUGAGAGACUGGCUUAUUUUUUUAUUAAUCAUUUUAUAUACAUUGGUGAGCCGAGUGGGGGGGACUGUCUUGUCAUCUGGGCAGCCCAGGACCUCCAGACACACUGCCCAGGCUUGCACCCUGGUGAAGUCGCUUCAGUGCUGCUAAUGCAGCAAAAACAACAUGAGAGGCAGCUCUUAAGGGUUCCUGGCCUCUGCAGCCACAGCAGGCGCCGCGAUUCUCACAGCAGGCACCACGAUUGUUUGACUUCACCCCCGGAGGUGCCCUCCAUUGUCUCUGGAGACAGACAGAUGCCAGCAACAAUGAUUAUUUAUUAAAUUUCUAUGGCGCCCUUGACCCAACUGUUGCAGGGGGAUUUGCAAGAUAAAAACACAAAAAUACACAGCGUAGAAGCAAGCAAAGACAAUUUCAAGUAAGCUGGUCCCAAACCGUUCGCACACUAUGUCUUUAAAGCACAUUGCACGCAGAGGAGGUAUGAGAAAUGCCAUAAACACCUCACCCAAUUCCCUUGCAGAUGAAAGACAAUAACAAAUAACUAGCAAUAUACUGUCCUUUCAUGAAACCUCAAAUCAGCAGUCUGAAGCAGACACCUUUCUCUGCCUGAGGGAGAGCCAGCCAGGGUGAACUCGCAAACAAAAGAAAACGCCUAUUUUGACACACACACCCUUUAUGAGUGUCAGCCUUUUCCUUUCUUCCUGUCAAGUUUCUGAACUGUUUUUCAGGAAUUACUCUCUGAGUUUGCGGCCAGUUGGUCAGGUCUGAGCACCCUGCCUCUCCAAACCAGAUCUUCUCAGGGCCAGCUAGCCCUAGCCUUCAAAGCCCUGGCUCUUUUUUCCUGGAUGGUUUUGCGUUCUACGUAGCAAUAAGAAACCUCAGAGUGGGGAGGGUUGCUUUACAGAAUCGCAAACAGCUGUUGUUGUUUUUUUAAAAAGGCCACCACGUAAAUAAAUAGCUGUAUUAAAUCCCCAACAUACUAUGAAGUCUCUUGAUCAAAGAAAAACACUUCUAUUUACUCCCUGGUGAGGUCUGCUUCCAAGCCUUUCAAGCUGCAGUUAACUAAAGCAGGAUCAAAAAUUCGCAAUAAGCUUUAAUUCUGCUGUAUAUGGAAUCAGAGCUUUGGUUCAUCUUGCUCAGUACUGUUGACAAACUGGGCAAGGAGCCUUUUUGACCAGAUCUUUAUUUUGCCUCCCCACCCCAUGGGCUAAUUUUGAGAGGUGGGUGGGGGCAACCCCCGCCUGUCAAUCAUCUCGCAGGUGAUGGAUGGAGAGGCAGCCCUGCUUGCCCAUCAAAGUUGGCCUACAGGGUGUGCGGAGGGAGGAGUCUACUUCUACUGCUACGAAGCAGCCCCCAACAGGACUGGACUCUCUGCUCACCAGCCUUGAUCUCUGCACAGACUGCCAGCGACUGUCUAAGCUUUCAGAGAGUGGCCUCUCCCAGCUUUAACUGGAAAAAAUUGAAGUUGAAACCUUCUGCAUGUUGUUGUUGUUGUUUAGUCAUUUAGUCGUGUCCAACUCUUCGUGACCCCAUGGACCAGAGCACGCCAGGCACUCCUGUCUUCCACUGCCUCCUGCAGUUUGGUCAAACUCAUGCUGGUAGCUUCGACAACACUAUCCAACCAUCUCAUCCUCUGUCAUCCCCUUCUCCUUGUGCCCUCCAUCUUUCCCAACAUCAGGGUCUUUUUCAGGGAGUCUUCUCUUCUCAUGAGGUGGCCAAAGUAUUGGAGUCUCAGCUUCAGGAUCUGUUCUUCCAGUGAGCACUCAGGGCUGAUUUCCUUCAGAAUGGGGAGGUUUGAUCUUCUUGCAGUCCAUGGGACUCUCAAGAGUCUCCUCCAGCACCAGAAUUCAAAAGCAUCAAUUUUUCGGUGAUCAGCCUUCUUUAUGGUCCAGCUCUCACUUCCAUACAUUGCUACUGGGAAAACCAUACCUUUGACUAUACGGACCUUUCUUGGCAAGGUGAUGUCUCUGCUUUUUAAGAUGCUGUCUACCUUCUGCAUACAAUGAAAAUUCUCAGCCACUGAGCUAGCCCCUGGGGCUAGUUUAGGAGAAAUACGAUAGGCCUGCGGCAAACAUAGCUCUGGUUCCCAACAGAGGGCAAUGGCUGAGGAGCUCACUGCUGCCCCACGCCCUGAGACAAUUGCCCCAUUCUGUCUAAUGGCAGGGCUGGCAGUGCAAGCAAAGACUUGUCUCUGUGCCCAAGCAAUUGUAAGAUUACCUGUUGAGAGUGAGUAGCCUGCCCUAGAAGCGGGGCUUUUUUCCGUGGUCCCAAUCUUGCAUCUUUAGUUGCUUUUAUUGCUUGGGUGAUUUGUAAUUUUGAUAUUUUUUUUUAAGCUAAGUUUCAUGUAAUUCAAAGGUUCUGACUUGUGAGUUGAAGGCUGUGUGCCUCUGAAUGCCCAUUGCUGGGAUCCACAAGUUGGAGGGACUGCUGUUGUGAUCGGGUCCUUCCCAAAGGGAUCUGGUCGGUCACUGUGAGAACAGGAUGCUGGACUAAGAUAGGCCUUUGGCUUGAUCCAGCUGCAAGGCUCUUUUUAUGUUCUUGUGCUCUUAUCAUGCCCCACUUGUAGGAAUGGAUUUAGACACCAGAAGAGGAUAUAUUGUUUAGCUUUUCUCCUGCCUUGCUCAUGUUAGUGAGCUCAGCAGAGUGCUAUCCUUUGCAGCUUAAACUUGGAAGCUAAGACAAGAUUGAUUUAACCUUCUAGAAAUGAUGAUCUAGGAUGCUUUAAGGCAGACUGGAUUUUCCUGGCAUUGCCCCCUUUUCUCCCCUUUACAACAAUCACACACACAUUGUUUUGUGAAGAAAUAAAAGUAGCAUUUACUUACAUACUCUAAGUAGCAAUUACAGUAGCAAAAUGAAGGCAGGUUUAGACAAAAGUCCAAAAUGUAAGUUCAUGUAAGGUUUCUGAGCUGCACAAUGAAGAAAGAAGAGGGUGCCCAGGCAGACAGGAAGUUUGUAGUGUUAUAGUUUCCUGCCAAGGGACAAAAGACGUGAUCUCACAGAGUUUUCUCUAGAAAAUUUUACAAAAAGGCUCUGUGAGCCUCAGCCCCUUCAUGUGCCUAGCUGGAUAACCCAGUCAGAUGGGUGGGGUACAACAACAACAACAACAACAACAACAACAAUAAUAAUAUUGUUGAUUUCCUAUAUAAUGUCCCACACCACUGUGGGGUCAAACUGGCUCUCCCAGCUGGAUAGAUGGGUCUUUGCCAUGAUGUGUGUCUGCUUUGGAAGACUUUAAUUUUGUUUAGAGUGGGGUGGUGUUCUUAAUAAUUUUAAACUGUUCUUUGGUGUUUUAUUGUACAUUGCCUUGAAAUGAUUCCAUAGAAAUCAGCUCAAAGAACCACAGACUUGGAAGGGUCCUGAGCAUCAUUUAGUCCAAAUCCCCUGCAAUUUAUAAAUUGGCGGUGAUAAUCAUCGAUUAUGAUGAGUGCCAGGCUAAAAGUAUAUCGAGAGAGGAAGCAAGCAAGCAAACAAGAAAAAGAUAUAUAUUUCACUUUCUUUUCCAGCUGGUAUAUAAGUGGGAUUAGCAGAACCAAUGCCAACCAUCUCCUCCUCUCUCCUCCGAAUCGCCAUGGCUCGUUCCUCAUCCGGGACAGUGAGAGUAACAGAGGGGAAUACUCUCUAUCAGGUAACCAAAUCUCUCCUUAUGCCUUCAUGAGUGCUUUGAGCCAGCUGAACUGCCAAUACCUGCCCCAAGGGAGUGUGUUCAAUGCGGUUCCAUGAUGGAAGAAUUCUCCACGCCUUCCUCAAACUGCAUCUCCCAUGGUUCCUUGGAGAAAGGAAGUCAGCCUUAGCAGAUGCUAAAAACUGAGUCAGAAUCUGUAUGGCAUAGAUUAAUGUCUCAAUUCUUUCUAUCCAUUUGCCACAGUUGAAGCUCAAGGCUGGUGGGUUUUAAAAAAAACAAUAAUAAUUCACAGACUAGGUAAAGGUAAAGGAACCCCUGACCAUUAGGUCCAGUCGUGACUGACUCUGGGGUUGCGGCACUCAUCUUGCUUUAUUGGCUGAGGGAGCCGGCGUACAGCUUCUGGGUCAUGUGGCCAGCAUGACUAAACCGCUUCUGGCGAACCAGAGCAGCGCACAGAAACGCCGUUUACCUUCCCACCGGAGCGGUACCUAUUUAUCUACUUGCACUUUGGCGUGCUUUUGAACUGCUAGGUUGGCAGGAGCAGGGACCGAGCAACGGGAGCUCACCCUGUCGUGGGGAUUCAAACCGCCAACCUUCUGAUCGGCAAAUCCUAGGCUCUGUGGUUUAACCCACAGCACCACCCGCGUCCCUCAAUUCACAGACUACAAAGCAAUUAUUAAUUAUAAUUUUUAUUUGUUGGAUUAUUUACGCAUUAUUCACUGUAAGAUCUCAGGGUUGUUGUUUUCGGCAUCCAUCUGUCUCAAGAGACAACGGAGUGCACAUUCUCUGAGGGGUGCACUGCCUGGGCAAUGUGUCUGGAGGUCCUGGGCUGCUCAGACAAAAGGCCCCACUCUUGGCCUCACCGAUGUGGUCCAAAGGAGAGCAGAGCAAUACAUUUGCCACCAGCUUGGCUGCAGGACUUGCCGGAAGGAGGCAUAAAACACUAUGCCAUCCAACCAUCUUAGGGACUCCACUCCUAAUUUGUGUAGGGUUUACUCCUUAGCCUUUUCUUCUUUCCAAGAUGUCCUGCAAGGAAACAGGGACAGAUUUUCCUCGGGGUUUUAUCCCGAAGCCUUACACACAAAUGAGUACAGCUGCAAGCCAGUGGAGGUUUAGGACCAGAGUUUUCCUUCUCCUAGAUGGGCCACCUAGCAGUUCGAAAGCACAUCAAAGUACAAGUAGAUAAAUAGGUACCACUCCGGCGGGAAGGUAAACGGUGUUUCCGUGCGCUACUCUGGUUCGCCAGAAGUGUCUUAGUCAUGCUGGCCACAUGACCUGGAAGCCGUACCCUGGCUCCCUCGGCCAAUAAAGCCAGAUGAGCGCCACAACCCCAGAGUCAUCCGCAACUGGAUCUAAUGGUCAGGGGUCCCUUAACCUUUUAGAUGGAACACCUUGCCAGGUUGGCAAACCCCAUCUCCCCCUCACUUCCCUCUACAGCACGUGCAGAAACCUCCUUCUUGACCACUAUCAGUUAAAGCAAUUUACAAUCAGACCAAUGGGGUGUGUCCUAAAAUGUAUAUAAAUAUAUCUCAGGUGCCAACGGGCAGGAGAAAGAGGUGAGUCUUCAGCAUACCUGUCCAUCCAGUUUCAGCAUGCAACCAGCGGCCGUUGGUGGAACCAGACGGGGGCAGGCAUUCCUCUCCUGCCUUCCCAGCACCAAACGUUAGCAUGAUGGGCAUAAGGUGGGCACGGCAAUGGAGCCUGUCCAAUGCUCCUGUUGCUGUACUUUGCUCCUAGUGCCUCUUAGGUAUGAUGAGAAAGCAGGUGAGCAGGUGCCGCCCCACCAACUGCUUCUACACAGACUUUAUUCCUGCAGUGCUCCACAUGGCUCACUGUUUUAAGAGGGUCCUAACCCAUGUGCCAUGGGACGCGGGUGGCGCUGUGGGUUAAACCACAGAGCCUAGGACUUGCCAAUCAGAAGGUCGACGGUUCGAAUCCCUGCGACGGGGUGAGCUCCCGUUGCUCGGUCCCUGCUCCUGCCAACCUAGCAAUUCAAAAGCAGGUCAAAGUGCAAGUAGAUAAAUAGGUACCGCUCUGGAGGGAAGGUAAACGGCAUUUCCGUGUGCUGCUCUGGUUAGCCAGAAGCGGCUUAGUCAUGCUGGACACAUGACCUGGAAGCUGUACGCCGGCUCCCUCGGCCAAUAAAGCGAGAUGAGCGCCGCAACCGCAGAGUCGGCCAUGACUGGACCUAAUGGUCAGGGGUCCCUUUACCUUUAUAUCACAAAUGGAGACGCGGGUGGUGCUGUGGUCUAAACCACUGAGCCUCUUGGGCUUGCGGAUCAGAAGGUCGGUGGUUCGAAUCCCUGCGAUGGAGUGAGCGCCUGUUGCUCUGUCCCAGCUCCUGCCAACCUAGCAGUUCGAAAGCACGCCAGUGCAAGUAGAUAAAUAGGUACAGCUGCAGCGGAAAGGUAAACAGCGUUACCGUGCGCUCUGGCUUCCAUCACGGUGUCCCGUUGUGCCAUAAGCGGUUUAGUCCUGCUGGCCACAUGACCCGGAAAGCUGUCUGUGGACAAACCCCAGCUCCCUUGGCCUGAAAGCAAGAUGAGCGCUGCAACCCCAUAGUUGCCCUUGUCUGGACUCAACCUUUACCUUUACCUAUACAGUGGUACCUCGGGUUAGGAACUUAAUUCGUUCCGGAGGUCCGUUCUUAACCUGAAACUGUUCUAAACCUGAGGUACCACUUUAGCUAAUGGGGCCUCCCGCUGCUGCCACGCUGCCACACCGCAAUUUCUGUUCUCAUCCUGAAGCAAAGUUCUUAACCCGAGGUACUAUUUCUGGGUUAGCGGAGUCUGUAACCUGAAGCGCCUUUAACCUGAAGCAUCUGUAACCCGAUGUACCACUGUAUCACAGUAUUGAAAAGCAGACAUCACCCAGCACGUAAGGGAGUUGUGCUUGAACGUAGGCACUCGCCUUGGUGAGUGGAGGCCCCUGGUAUAAUCUCCUUGAUGCAAGAGAUUGAUGCUGCUGCCCUUCCGUAUGUGUGUGAAAGGACAGAUAAGAAGCGUUUCACAAUUGCUCUUGAGGUUGUUCCCAGCAAAUGUGGGGCGGCAGAUUGGGCCACCGCUUUGCAGAGGCAAGAAAAACUCUCAGGCUUACUGUACAAGGGAGUGGCAGGGAAGGUCAGAGAACUGAGGCGUUUGAGUACCUAUUCUCACAGUCAGUGGGGGUAGGGGAAGAGGGUGGAGGUGAGUUUCAAGCACUUUGGGCUUCUCUUUCAGAGGAAGGAAAGCAAUCUGCAGAAGCGAAAGAGUCUGCACCUGUAAAAUAAGAAACAAUAACUUUAAAAGUCUACAUAAAUUGGGGGCGGAGAUUGCCAUUGGACCUCCGGUGCUGACCUCAGCGUUCAAAGAUAGCAGCAGCCAGCUUGUUCUUAGGAUGUUUAUCAACACCGUUUCCAGCGGAUGUUUCCAGCUUGGUUAAUUAUAGGCGUGUUAAAGUUUCCACCUUUUUCUGGAAAUAGCAACCCUCCAAGAACGCUGUGGGUUAAACCACAGAGCCUAGGACUUGCCGAUCGGAAGGUUGGUGGUUCGAAUCCCCGCGACGGGGUGAGCUCCCGUUGCUCGGUCCCAGCUCCUGCCAACCUAGUUCGAAAGCACAUCAAAGUGCAAGUAGAUAAAUAGGUACCGCUCCAGCGGGAAGGUAAACAGCGUUUCCGUGCGCUGCUCUGGAUCGCCAGAAGCGGCUUAGUCAUGACCCACAUGACCCCGAAGCUGUAUGCUGGCUCCCUCAGCCAGUAAAGCGAGAUAAGCACCGCAACCCCAGAGUCGGCCACGACUGGACCUAAUGGUCAGGGGUCCCUUUAACUUUACCUAAGAACGAAUCAGGCUCCAACAUUCUGCAGCCACUGAGUGUGCCCAGAGUUUUGGGCAAUGCUUUUUUUGAUGCACCAACAUAAAAUGGCAUGUGUGGGUGCACUGAAGCCCAUUGCAUGGGCCGGUGUGUGUGUGUGUGUGUGUGUGUGUGUGUGUGUGUUUAGAUGCAUGAUGGCAUUUUUUUGGGUGCCAUCUAUCACACCAAAGCACAACCAAGCCUUUUUGUUUCCAUUGUCCCAAAGGGAUGGAAGCAGCAUGCCAAAGCCCUUUCCACUGUGUUGUGGGCGAGGGGAUUAUCGAUUUGGUUUUGUUCUUAUUUUUAUUAUGUAUUUUGUUUUGUUUUUUAUUGUAUUUUUAUGUUGUGAAUCUCCCUGAGGCAGUAUAGAAAUUUAAUAAAUAAGAACAUAAGGGGGAAAAAAUUUAAAAAGCUGCUUUGUGCAAAUCUGUCCUUGCACAAAACACCUGUAUUAAAAAUAAAAAAAUUGCCCAUGCAGCUACAGGAAAGGGAAAAGGGGGGAAAUAACAACCCUCCAUCCAAAUUCCUCAGGAAUUAGAAAGGAAGUUCAGGCACCCCACAAGCUUGUAUCAGCUGAGCUAUUUUUCCAGAAAAAGAGGUGUCACCACGAACACUUCCCUUGUUCUCUUAUAAUGGCAAUGGCGCUCACCUGAGAGGGGCCGGAACUAGGUUCCAGUGAGUUCCAACUUAAAAAAAGCCCUCAGUGACAAUAUUAUGGGAUGUAACCAGCUUACAGGGCCCCUCCCCCUCCAAACACACACACACACACAAGUGGCUUUUUAAUAUUGAGCCAUUCGCAAAGCUGUCUUCAUACUGAUGACGAUGAUCUCACUCCAGAAACUUUCUUGUAUGGAAUAUCUUCUCGGAUCUACAAAUGCUAAUUACUACACCACACAUACAAACAUUCCCUCUCUCCCAUGUAAUUAUACUAAAUUGUGAAACAAACAAUGGUGUCCUUCCCACACAAGCCAUUUGGUGCAAAGGAUGAGACGGCCGCAGGCUAAGCGGUGACAGGGCACUAGCAAAAGUCUUCGGACUAACUCUAGAAGCUUGGCUAGUCCAUUCCCACCAUCAGAUUUGGAGCCCACCUUGUAGCAUGCCAACGACGGUCUUUGGGUUUCCUUCCAGAAAUGUUGUGGAUGGCAAGGAUGGUUUCCAUCCCUUUUCUUUCCACUUUUCCAACCCCAUGUCAGAACCAAGAAGCCAAAAUCUGGAUUUGGGGGUCUCUCUAAGAGGGGAAAGCCAUGCUUGGAAGGCUAAGCAAAUCAGUCUCUUAAGCUUAAGGCAAGAAAUAGGUAGUAUUCUCUAUGAAACUGAAUAUCAAUAUACGUAUUAAGGCUUUGAGAGUAGACCACUGAAGAAGCCCAGAAAACUACCUUGGGAGUGUGCUACCUGCAAGCCCCAGUAAAAGGGCCUCUUGAUUACUUGGACUGCCAGGGCGAAACAGGUGCAAAACGCAGGCACCGUGUCAUCUACAACUUCAUUAACAUCCAUCUACAACUUCACUAGCAUCUCUCGGUAUUGUGAACAACACCAAACUUACCUUUUGCUGGUACCUUCAUGAACUUAUCCUAUCUUUAAAAGACAUCUGAAGGCAGCCCUGUUUAGGGAAGUUUUUAAUAUUUAAUGCUGUACUGUUUUUAACACUUGAUUAGGAGCCGCCCAAAGUGUCUGGGGAAACUCAGCCAGAUGGGCGGGGUAUAAAUAAUAAAUUAUUAUUAUUAUUAUUAUUAUUAUUAUUAUUAUUAUUAUCUAAAAAGAUAAAAAACAAAAGACUGAGUUAAGAACUUGAAAAAUCCAUUGAAAUCAGAUAUUAUAAGUUCAUCUUAGGUUGGGCAGUUCGUGAGUCUCUGUGGCUUUGCAUAAGAUUUUGUAUUUUUCUCAGAAGUUUGAUAAAGAAUGUGUAAUCGCUUUGGUAAUUAUUGUGUGUAUAUUAGUCGCCAACGUGUUGCAGGAGUCAUACUACUACUAUCAGCAGCACAGGUUGUAUUUUUCUAGCAUGCUUGGAAACCAGGGCUAGCUCAAGACAUACCGUAUUUCUGGGGGCAAAGCAAUCACACGUUGUGUCAUCUUCUCCUUCCCUUCAACCUUCAGUUCGGAACCAUACCAAAGUGCGACAUUUCAGAAUCUACAAAGAGCCUGGAGGGAGUUUUUACUUGGAAAAGGGACACAUGUUUCCAAAUCUGGAGCAGCUCCUUGCCUACUACACAGCCAACUGGAAUGUCAUACAUAGUCCCUUGCUUCAUCCCUGCAUCCAAAAGGUAUGUUUUCCUGUAUCAUCACUCAUUUCCUUCUGAUCUUAUGCAUUACUUCUGUCUUCCGCUUGUCUUCUGUAUUACUUUUGUCCUCCUCUUAUGCAUUACUUCUGUCUUCUGCUUGUCCUCUGUAUUACUUCUGUCCUCUUCUAUCCAUUCAGUAUCUCCAUGUAAGCCUUCCCUGACCUGGUACUCUCCAGAUGUUUUCGACUGGAACUCCCAUCAGCUCUGGCUAGCAUGGGGCUGCUCUGUGUCUGUACACUCUGGAAACCAAACAUGACUCUCUCCAUUACAUCUGAUUGUCCCUCCCUCCAUCUAUUCAUUUUUAUUCGUGGUUCAGCCUGCACAAUUGCAAAUUCACAUGCCACAUCUUUGAAAUUUGGGGGACUUUUGGGGAUAGGAACGCUGACACCCAUAACCCAAUGCAUAUUUUUCUGUGACUGACCUCUGUAGCCAAACGUCAAGACUCCGUGGCCAUAUUGGAAGUGGAAGUCUGAAUUGUGACGCUUGUGGGUUUCAAGCACACACACAUAGUUUCAAAAUUUAUUAUUAAGUUCGGAUUACAUCGCAGGAGGAGGGAUUUCUAAUUGACGCAAAAAUACAAUUCAGCAGUGAGAAAUGUCGCCCUCGUACCUUUCCCCCUGUAUAAGAUGAGAUCCUCCUCCAGAUUUUGCUGCCUUAGAAACAUCACCCAGUUAGACACUUCUGAAGUUUCCUGGGAGGGGCUGAAAGGGCUAAAAGAAGAGGACUGGCACCUUGCCUGCCUUCACAUUCAGCUACCCAGUUUCCUUGCUAUAGAUUCCACACAUCCUAGUCACCUGCGCACACUUGCCAAAUUUUCCUGGCCUCAAGCCAGGCCCCACCUAGAAACCUCAGCCUGUCUCCUUAAUUCAUACCUCCCACCAUCUUUUCCUUCCUCUGAUCAAGCAACACAAAAUAGCAGGGUUGGGUUUGUCUGUCCGUCUGGUUUUUUCUCUCUCUUUAGUUCUUGUCAUCCAGAUUUUCUUUUCAAAAUUUCUUUAUAUCAUUUCCCUGUUUACAGUUACAUUUCUUUCCCAGGAGUUUGGAUGCUAACCAGAACCGAGCCCUUCAAACCAAACAACAACCUGAUCUUGUGCAGAGUUAGAAAUACUUAAUCCAGGGUCUCCAACAUGGUGCUCGUGGGCACAAUGGCACCCUUAGGUUAUUCCUGUAGUGCUCACAAAACACCUGAGCCCGCCUUUCAAUGUCUCCCCCCCCACCCCCGGUCAUGAGGCUGGUUACCUUCUUGUCCCUUGAAAAGAGCUGAAGGAGGAAAUUGCAAGAAUGACACUCUUCUCCACUUCCUUCUUCAGUUCUAUGUUCUUUUCAAGGCUCAUAUUAAUUGUAAUGGAUCAGACAUUUACUCAUAUCCUCUGGAAGAACACAGAGUGUGUUGGCACGCUUCCUUUCUGUCCACCUCUCAGCGGGACUGAUCUGCCGGAGGGAGAGAGAAGUCAGGGGUCGACACCCAUGGUGCCCUUGGACCUAAAACCAUUGUUGACCCCUGACCCAAGUCUAUUGAAAUCAGUGGACCUGAGAUCAUCUAACUCCGCAAAGAUCAGAGUCCACCUUCUUGUACUGGCAGAGACCAUUUUCCAUGGGGGUUUUAUUCCUGACCCCUGCGCGCAUCGGUAGAGCACACAUAAUCCUGCUCUGCCCAGUUGCGCCCUGUCCCAACCCCCCAUUCCGCCCCAUUCUGCCCUCUUCCAGAUCCAAAACGACCCAUGUAUCGGGAGUCAUGCAUCAACUGGACGCAUGCAAAAUGGUCACUGAAUGUACUGCAUUUCGGAUUUUCUUGGUUAAAAGCGAGAAUGCAAUUCCCCACGUACAAUUCCAAGUUGCAAAUCUGCAUUCUUUAUUAUAUGGCUCAAGAAGUAACCAUUUCCUGUGGUGUGUGACCUGUCAAUCACCUUAUCCACAGAAUCAUAGAGUUGGGACCCACAAGGCCAUUCCUUCAAUGUAGAGAGGCAUCACAGCUAAUAAAUCCCUAACAGAUGGCCAUCCUACCUUUGUUUUAAAAAAACCCCGUGGAGAGCCCACCAGCCUUCAGGUAGGCCCUUCUGCCUGGGCAGGUUUACAGUUUCAGUGUAGCUGGAGAUUUAUUCCACGUGUCUGCAGUCAUGGGAUUGUUGUCUAUCACAUGACAGUGUAUGUUUUCAUUCCACAGUGUGGGAAGUGACGGAGACAGGAUGUUUUGGUAUUACAGUGGUACCUCUGGUUGCGAACGGGAUCCCGGAGGCCCGUUCGCAACAUGAGCAGAACACAAGCCGCGUCUGUGCAUGCACGGGUCACGAUUCGCCGCUUCUGUGCAUGCACAUGACAUCAUUUUGCGCGUCUGCACAUGCGCGAGCGGCGAAACCCGGAAGUAACCCUUUCCAGUACUUUCGGGUCGCCGCAGGACGCAACCUGAAAAUGCUCAGCGUGAAGCAAACGUAACAUGAGAUAUGACUGUACUGUGUUCCAUGAAGUGGGACUAUUGUCCUUUGUUCUUUCUCUCUUUACUGUCUGAUAAGAAAGAGGAAGGAGCUAAAGCAGAAUGCUCCGAGUAUAUUAUAUGUAAAUAAACGUAGAUUAGCCAAAAUGCUGUGCUACUGAGUUCUGUUACGCAAACUGCAAAUACUCUGUGGCUCCCUAAGUGUACUGGUGCCUUUUGGCAUCAGUCGCUGUGAUGUUCGGGCAGAAGAAAGCUUUUGAAGCUCCCGAACGAUUGACCAGGAGGAAGAGAACAUGCCAGGUGGGCAUGCGUCUCUGCCAGGGUCCUACAUGAGAGUAGGAUAGAAUGACAGGAAGGAUCCGGAAUCGACGAGACCAAAGAUUUAUAGAAGAUUGGGGAAAAUUUAUUCAAUAUUUGCAAAAACUGAGUGAUAAUCAGAUUACGUUUGUAAGUUUUAAGGAAGCUCUGUGAUGGGAAAAUGUGAAAAUAAGUUUAAAAAAGGAACUGAAGUUAACAGUAUUAAUAACAAUGGGUAGAAAUGUGGAAAACGUAAUAAAGUGAAGGAAUUGCAGACAGAUUGAGAGAAGUCAAAAAAGAGAAGCAAGAUGUAAUCAAGAUGUGUGGAAUGUAUAAUUUUGUUUUUGUAUUUGAAAACCAAUAAAAAUAUAAUAUAUAAAAAAAGAGUAGGACGCUCCUAACAAGUAUCCCCCCCCCCCAUGUGCCUGCCCUUUUUCAGAGGCCUACUGAGACGGACCAAUGGGAACGUCCCCGUUCAGAGUUCCAGCUCUGGAGGAAGAUGGGCGAAGGAUGCUUCGGAGAGGUGUGGGAAGGAACGUGGAAGAACACGGUGCCGGUGGCCAUCAAAAUCAUGAAGCAAGGUUUGUGGGGUGCAGAACAUGUCAUUGGUUGCGGAAUCCUUCUUUCAGGGAUGGGCUGUAGCUCAGGGGUACAGCAGAAGGUUCCUGGCUCAACCUUCAGCAUCGUCAGGUAGGGCUGGGGACAUCCCAUCAUCUCUGGCCAUUGCUCACGCCGGCUGGGGCUCCUGGGAAUGGGAGUCGAACACAGGCUGUGGACACACCAGUGCCGGAUUUACAUAUAAGCUAAAUAAGCUAUAGGUUAGGGCCCCACUCUCUUGGGGGCCCCCAAAAAAUUAAAGGAGAAAAAACUGGAUUGGAUGUACAUUUCCAAAAUAUAAGAUAAUAAAAAUAAAACUAAAACCUACAUGCAGUGGUACCUUGGGUUAAGUACAUGUGACCUUUUUGGUUUCCGUGUCCCUGCAGCCCCAUCUUCCAUAAACUCCUAUUCAUGAAGUUGUCAGCUGUGCAUGCGUGCUCAUCUGCGCAUGUGCGAUGGCUGUCUCAAACGUUCACAUUACAGUGGUACCUCUGGUUACGUACUUAAUUCGUUCCGGAUGUCCGUUCUUAACCUGAAACUGUUCUUAACCUGAAGCACCACUUUAGCUAAUGGGGCCUCCUGCUGCCGCCGUGCCACCAGAGCCCAAUUUCUGUUCUUAUCCUGAAGCAAAGUUCUUAACCUGAAGCACUAUUUCUGGGUUAGCAGAGUGUGUAACCUGAAGCGUAUGUAACCCGAGGUACCACUGUACAGCAACAGUGUUUCGUGUUGUGGGCCCUCCCUAAAAUAUCCCUGGUUUGCUCAUUUCUAUAUAUAGGGUGCCUACAUUCUGCAUGGACUGGUUGCACGGCAACAUGUGCAAAUCGCUUUAGAUACCUAUUACCAUAUAGCAUAUAUUCGACACAAAAAAACAGUGGCAAUUUGUUGUUGACAAAGGGCAGCUGGAUAUAUAAAGGGCCCCAUUACCUUCAGUAGCUUAGGGCCUCAUCAAACCUAAACACAGCCCUGGGACACACCAUACGUGUAAAGCACACAUCCCCACAAAGAUUCCCAAGAACUGAAGUUUGUGAAGGGUGCUGGGAAUUGUAGCUCUGUGAGGGGUAAGCUACUUUCCUGGAGGACCCCCACCCAUGGAAUUUCCUUGAGAAACCCUACAUCCCUGAAGCGUUUUGGUCUUUCUUCCACAGCUGACAUGAGGGAUGAUUUUGCCAAAGAGAUUCAGAACUUGAAAUGUCUGAAGCACACAAGGCUCAUCAAACUCCUGGCCAUCUGCUCUGUAGGAGAACCUGUCUACAUUGUCACUGAGUUGAUGAGGAAGGGGAACCUACAUAGCUACCUCAACAGUGAGUAUCGCUCCAGCAGUUGCGCUGAACUUGAUGCCCCAUCAAAGUGCUGGGAUGUCAGAGAAUCCCAGCAAAAAAAGUGGAAACAAGAGCUAAAAUUCCUGAUAUUCGCUUCCUCACCCCAUGUGCAGAAUGAAAAUUAAUCCAGCAAAUACAACCAUAUUGCAAUUGUUGUUGCCACAAACAGUAAGGUAAAGGUAAAGGGACCCCUGACCAUUAGGUCCAGUCCCGGACGACUCUGGGGUUGUGGGGCUCAUCUCGCUUUCUUGGCCGAGGGAGCCGGCGUACAGCUUCCGGGUCAUGUAGCCAGCAUGACUAAGCUGCUUCUGGCGAACCAGAGCAGUGCACGGAAACACCGUUUACCUUCCCGUCGGAGCGGUACCUAUUUAUCUACUUGCACUUUGAGGUGCUUUCGAACUGUUAGGUUGGCAGGAGCAGGGACCGAGCAACGGGAGCUCACCCUGUCGCAGGGAUUUGAACCGCCAACCUUCUGAUCGGCAAAUCCUAGGCUCUGUGGUUUAACCCACAGCGCCACCCGCGUCCCUGCCACAAAUGGCAAGUCCUAGGCUCUGUGGUUUAACCCACAGCGCCACCCGCGUCCCUGCCACAAACGGUACAUAACCCAUUACAUCUUUCCCUAUUUGCAACGCGUUUCUUUUGCGCUGAAACAAACUUGGCACAAUAGCACGACAACAUAGCUUACGUAGCCUGCAGAAGUUACGUAAUUUGUUGCGUAAAUUACACAAGUUUUACUGCAGCGAACAGCAAGACGAAGAGUGGUUUGGCGAAAGACGAACUGCAGCAGAACGUAAACAGAGCUGCGUGAGAUAGGUACAGGGAAAUAUGGGAGAUGGUUAGGGUUGCCAUACGUCUAAAAUUCCCCAGACAUAACUGGUAUUCGGGCCUCAGAAACAGUGACCAGGCAGAAAUUGCUGGAAGUGUAGAUUUUGGUGAAUUUCAUUUAAAAUAGCUCAAAAACUCUCUCUCUCUCUCUAUCUUUUUUUAUUUUGCAACAGCAGGAGUCCUUGUGUUGACUUCUGCUGGCGGCAGGUUAGUUAAAUCUGGCCCUUAGUUUUAAUUUGCAUUCUUGCCUAUGUGCCAGUAUAUAUGCACAUAUAAAACUUUAUUAUUUCCAUUUUCAUUGUCCUUUCUGUUAGAAUCAUUCACAUUUUGGUCACGCUGUGAAACCUGACUUAGCUUAGGCGCUCAGCAUGCCUUCGCCUUUCCCUGCCAGAUGACUUAUUUGUGACUUCGUUGGGCCACACAGCCCUCUUCCUCUGAGCCACAUUUUGACAAGGCAGAAAAAGAGUCCAAACAUGCUCAUAGCUGACCAGUAAGGCCCCACCCACAACACGCGCCCCUCCCCAAAUCAUGCUUAAAGCGAAGCCUGUCUAAUAGAUACUAUAAAAAAUGUGCGCAUCAGGACCCCAAAGUCUAUGCAUAAAAUAAAAGUAGUUUUGAAGAGAAUUUUGUGGGUGCAAAACAGAUAUGCGCACCAUUGCAAGUCACAGUGCUUCAACAAGCCACACCAGUGUUGUAAACAAAAAUCUGCCCUUUUUUCCCUUAUGGGGUAUCCAAGAGCCCAUAUAGAGUCCUUACGUAGGUUCCCUAUUGGUAGGAGAAAAUAACAGAGGCCAACCAGAGAAUAUUGAGAAGCAAAGCAGCUACUAAGCCUGAUCUUUAUUGAUCUGUUGCAACAGUGUCCUCACUCACCACAUGCAGGAGGGAGGAGGAACCCAGAACAAUGGUGUGCAAGGCCUUAUAUAGACAUUUUAAAUUCCCUGCCCUGGAGCUCAAGACCACCCUCAGAUACAUCAUACCUACAUCACAGAAAGGGUGGUCUACAGCAGAAAUCUGAGUGCUUUGUUUACCUCCUGUCUGCCAGGUUACCAGUUUAAUGGUCACUUGAUUGGAUUGCCUGGGGAGCCUGGCCAGUCUUUUGUAAUGAUAAAUACUUAGUUCCUGAGCCAGGUCACAGGCUCACACCCUAUUCAUAUCUUAAAUGUGCCCUUAAGACAGGAUUUGUGAAGGAAAAGACAAUGGGGAGGCUUUUCCAUUUUCUUUUGACCUUGCAGAGAAAACAUUUGGUCUGUUUGGGAAUCAAAAAUGGUUUCAGGUCGGUCUUCCUGUGCUGAUCUAUGUACAUGCUUGGUUGGUACACUUGUGAACAUUUAACGUGUAUCUAAGACCUCAAAAUUCCUAUCACACCACGUUCCAUAUCAAUCAAUGGGUGCGUUGUGAAGUGAGCACACCUUGAGAAAUCAUUGUAGCUGCCGCCUACGUCUAAGUAGAAGGAUUGCACAUUGCAACAAAUGUUCGAGCAAUGAGGAAGCCUAUUUGGCUCUCUGGAAUGUCCGUGUGCAUGUGUGUAUAAGCAUUACAUGCGCAGGCCUUUAUUUUCUCUCCUGGCCCACGAUGCAUCACCUUUCAAAAGCACCCAGUGCCGGCUCCCUGAGCUUUGUUGCGCAACGUUUAUAACUCACGGGUUCGCUGGAGAAAAUUGAUGCUUAGGACGAGCACAACACACACACCCCAAAUCUCCUCCCUCCUGGGCAACCAGGAUGUUUCAAUUUGUCUGUACAGAUCUCAUGAAAGGGCACCUCCCCUUUCAGCACCCAGGUGGCAACCACAACAAAAGAACACCCCUGUGGUGCAAAUAUUCUCUCUCGCCUCUUCCUCCCAGCUGAGAAAGGUUUGGCCCAGGAAGCCGGUCGAACAGCUUGCAAAGUAGGGCGUUCGUUCGCGAAAGACAAUCUGCGGUGAACGACUUGACCUCCUUCUCAGUUCUUCUUUGUUACCCAAGGAGGGACAACUCCCAAGGAGAACAGGUCUAGGAGCCCCACUGAUGAGGGAGAGCAGUCGUCCUUCUUGGCUAACAACUCCCCAACACUAGCUUUGUCUAAUAACGAACUUCCUUAUUGCACCCUGAUGUCACCCGGAGGUUGGGAAUUAAAAUUGCAUUGGUUUCUUAUUUCACUGUUGUUUUUUAAUGAAGCAUCCGAUCCGCAGAAAAUCCGAUUCAGCGGUAAAGAGCAGGUUUUUCUGGGAAACAGGGGAGCAAGUGGAAGUGGAGAUGAGACUUUACACCAUGGGUAGGCAAACUAAGGCCCAGAGGCCGGAUCCGGCCCAAUCGCCUUCUAAAUCCAGCCCAUGGACGGUCCAGGAAUCAGCGUGUUUUUACAUGUGCCCUUUUAUUUAAAAUGAAUCUCUGGGUUAUUUGUGGGGCCUGCCUGGUGUUUUUUACAUGAGUAGAAUGCGUGCUUUUAUUAAAAAUGCAUCUCUGGGUUAUUUGUGGGGCCUGCCUGGUGUUUUUACAUGAGUAGAAUGUGCCCUUUUAUUUAAAAUGCAUCUCUGGGUUAUUUGUGGGGCAUAGGAAUUUGUUCAUUUUUUUCACCAAAAUCUAGUCCGGCCCCCCACAAGGUCUGAGGGACAGUGGACCAGCCCCCUGCUGAAAAAAAUUGCUGAGCCCUGCUUUACACGCAGCGGGGUUUUAGCCAAUGUUAGUCUGACUCAGAGUAAACCCACUGAAAUUAAUAAGUGUGACUAUUUAGGUCCAUUAAUUUCAAUUUGUCCACUGCAAAUAAAAGCUUAGCUGGCUUCAACCUAGUGCCAGACUGCUGACAGUCUGAUCAUCAGCUUGCAACUGCAAAAAAAGAAUCAUGUGGGGCAGAAAAUUUUUUUACGGCAAACAAGUGGGACAGGAGAAUUCAAGGCUGUGAGACAAUGCAAUUGUCUGUUUUUUGUUCCUGGUUAUUUUUUACCCGCCCUUCGCCCUAAAGUCAGGUUAUGUAAACUGAAAUUGAAAUUGCAAAAUAAUGAGUAAUCAACAAACCACAAAACAACCACAAUGGAAGCAAAAAAAUGAUGCAUUUUGAUAACACCAUUCACAGGGAGGAGAACUGCAAAUUAGCACUUUAAUCUGGGGCCUUUUAGAAGUGAGUGGGAUGUUUUUUAAUGUAUUUUUUUUCCUCUUGGCUUUAAUGUAUCCAUAUGGGGCGUUAUUGUCUGUCUGGUUGGUUGGUUGUAAGUUGCAUUGGGUUGCCCUGGGCAAGAUAAAGCAACUGACAAAUUAAAUCAAUAAAUAAGCUGCAAAGUCUCAGCCCAGAUAGACCUUAAUGGGGAAGGAGUUCCACAGUUUGGGGGCCACCGCAGAGAAGUCUCCACCACAAACCACUGCACACCAGACCUAUGAAGGUGGCAGAAUCAAGGCCUUCUCCACUCGUCUCAAUAGCAAAGAAGCCAGUACCCUGAGAAAUUGCAGAUGUUCUUUUUUACACAACCUGGAACGAGAAUUUCAUCUGUGCCUAAUACCCUUUAGGGCUGUCAUACGUCCGGACAUUUUCCCAGACGUUAAUGGGAUUUCAAAGGCAGAAUAGACAAUUGAAAAAUCACAGUUUCUUUGUGUUUUUGUUUAAAAAAAAAAAAAAAGCUUUCAGGAUGUCCUGAAAUAUGACAACAUCAUAAGACAAAGGCCUGAGGCAGAGCACUGACUAAGCCACAAAUCAGGAUGUCAACUCCUUGUUUAAUUGUGCACCUGCCGAAUCCAAAGUUAGUUUCAAUUUUCAGUUACUUUGCUCCUUUUUAAAAGCAGCCGGAGACAGUAGAAACAAUGUAUUUCUCUUGUUUAACUAGCUGUCAAUGAACGUUCUGAACGCUGUCAAUGAACAUUCCAAAAGACGUCAGUCCUGCUAGCAGCCCGUUUCCAGGGUCAGAGCGGCGGUAUUUUAGCUCUCUUCACUCUCUCCUGCGGACAUACUCAGUCCACAACUUCCCCCCCUCUUCUCCAGCCUCCAGGGGGGGUUUAAAUGAUCUUUACCGAUGGGGAUUUAUUCUUUUACAAAAGGCUUUCCAAGACUUCAGCUUGCAGCCUCAUUGCUUCAGUCUAUUUACAAAAGGGGGAAGGCGGACUUCCUGUAUUAAGCCUCCCCGUUACAGUACCAAAUUAAACGUUUAAAAAUCCAAUUCUCCUGCUUCAGCUCUACACACGGGUAAUUACUUUAAAGUCAAAUUGUCCACAGGAAAAGGUCAGCGCUCUCUGGCAACAGCUAUGCGGCUUCGCUCCGUGGAAGAAGCAGACGAUUCGAAGCACCGCGCCGCUCACCCCACGUCGCUCCGGACCCCCGAAACCGGGUUUCCCCGCGAGUAGGGGAGGCGCAAAGGGUGCCCGCCGAAUCCCACGCUCACAGGCUUCUCCCUCCUGUGAUUUUUUACGGGUCCCCGCCUUCACCGUAGCGGCCAGACCCAAAUUCCCACGGAGCAAAUUCCUCCCAAUCAGAGGAAUUCCGCCAUUACUGGAGGCACCAACCCGGGAAUAUUCUUUUAAGAAAAUUGACUCUAUCUAGAAUGGAUUUGAUUCUCCAAAGCAUCGGAGCUAGAGCUCCCCCAAAGUCUAGAGAGGCUUCAAAGCAGAUGAGAUGAAUUUUUGGAAGAAGGGGCUCCCAGUGGUCCCGUCCCCCCCACUGCCAGAGGCAAGAUGUCUCUGAAUGGGAUCAUUAGCAGAGGGAGGGUUGUUGCGCUCAGGUCCCAUAGGGAUCUCACAGGCCACUGAAAACAUACUGAAAAAUAAUCAUAGCUGUCAACUUUUCCUAUUUUUUAAGGGAAAUUCCCUUAUUCCGAAUAGGAUUCCUCACAAGAAAAGGGAAAAGUUGACAGCUAUGAAAAUAAUGCCUUUAUGGACAGAGGUACUGAACAUUAUGCACACAAGUACAGGUUAUGAUCUCCCAAGAAACCCUAAAAUAACUCCCUUUUUCAUCAUUCUGAAGUCAUUAAUAGUGAUUUACAACUCAUUGCUAUGCGGCUAACAACAGCAAAACAGCGCAUUGCAAAAAAAUGGAAAACAAUAACCCAUAACUCAUUGGUUAUGGAAAACCCCUUGGAACAUGGGUGGCGCUGUGGUCUAAACCACUGAGCCUCUUGGGCUUGCCGAUCAGAAGGUCAGCGGUUCGAAUCCCUGCAAUGGGGUGUGCUCCUGUUGCUCAUUCCCAGCUCCUGUCAACCUAGCAGUUCGAAAGCACGUCAAAGUGCAAGUAGAUAAAUAGGUACCGCUCUGGCGGGAAGGUAAACGGCGUUUCCGUGCGCUGCUCUGGUUUCACCAGAAGCAGCUUAGUCAUGCUGGCCACAUGACCUGGAAAAACUGUCUGCAAAAGCGGACAAACGCCGGCUCCCUCGGCCUGUACAGCAAGAUGGGCGCCGCAACCCCAGAGUCGUCUGCGACUGGACUUAACUGUCAGGGGUCCUUUACCUUUUUUAAUGGAAAACCUAUCUUAAUGAUAAAACUUACAUAUAAGAAAAACGCAGUACAUAAAAAUCAAGAAAACAAAUUUAUUGAGGAGUGGGCCUUAUUCUUACAUUUCUGGAACGACAAUGUAAAUAUAUUUUUUCUUUAAAUUUAUUCAUGGCACCAGUGAUUUUUUUUCUGGGGGGAUGCAGAAGUAUGUAUACCCCUAAACAUUUUGUGAAUCUUUGUACUUUUGUCCAUUUACUGUAUUUAUUUUCCCUGAUUUGAACUAUAAAAUGGUGAUUUUCUUGAGUCAAAAUGAGAGUACCCCUAAAUAUAUAUUUCUUUUGAGGGGGAGGGAAGCACUGCAUGGCACUAUAGAAUUGCUUUAUUAUCCCUUCUCCCCUCCACAUGCCUUUUGGCAACAGAUUGCAAUAAUAUAAUAUGAAUAAAUUUAUUUAAAAGAACAAAAAAACCAAGGUGCAGAACUAGAUGAGACGACUCUUCUUAUGCUCAUAUGCAUGUGUUGAAGACAAGACAGCAAAGAGAAUGUCACCUGUUUCCUGAUUGCACCAGGAAGUAUAAAAAACAGCAAGUGAGGUUUGAACCAGUUUUGGCUAUUGUUGUUGUUGUUUAGUCGUUUAGUCGUGUCCGACUCUUCGUGACCCCAUGGACCAGGGCACGCCAGGCACUCCUGUCUUCCACUGCCUCCCACAGUUUGGUCAAACUCAUGCUGGUAGCUUCGAGAACACUAUCCAACCAUCUCAUCCUCUGUCGUCCCCUUCUCCAUCUUUCCCAACAUCAAGGUCUUUUCCAGGGAGUCUUCUCUUCUCAUGAGGUGGCCAAAGUAUUGGAGCCUCAGCUUCAGGAUCUGUCCUUCCAGUGAGCACUCAGGGCUGAUUUCCUUAAGAACGGAUAGGUUUGAUCUUCUUGCAGUCCAUGGGAUUCUCAAGAGUCUCCUCCAGCACCAUAAUUCAAAAGCAUCAAUUCUUCGGCAAUCAGCCUUCUUUGUGGUCCAGCUCUCACUUCCAUACAUCACUACUGGGAAAACCAUAGCUUUGACUACCAUAGUUGGCUGGGAAAACCAUAGCUUUGACUUGCUUUGUUGGCAAGAUGGUGUCUCUGCUUUUUAAGAUGCUGUCUAGGUUUGUCUUUGCUUUUCUCCCAAGAAGCAGGCAUCAAUUAAUUUCGUGGCUGCUGUCACCAUCUGCAGUGAUCAUGGAGCCCAAGAAAGUAAAAUCUCUCACUGCCUCCAUUUCUUCCCCAUUUGGCAAUUAGUGGAGGUUAACUCACUCCUUUUGUUUGUUUGUUUGUAGGUGCAGCAGGGAAGGAACUGACCACACACCACUUUCUCAGCAUCUCUUGCCAAGUAGCCGAUGGCAUGACCUACUUGGAAGAACAACACGUUGUCCAUCGAGACUUAGCAGCCAGGAACAUUUUGGUGGGCGAAGAUCUCGCUUGCAAAAUCGCAGACUUUGGUCUUGCCAGGCUCCUCAAGGUUUGUUCAAGGAAGCCUUGGAGACUUGGCUUACUCCUGCCUAUCUAACUCCUUUCACUGAAGGGCUUCGCAUGCGCAUAUAGGAAAGAAUCCACAAUGUGCUUUUUUGAAACUUUUCAUACUGCAAAUGUUCAGGAGCGGGGGCGGGAAGAGGUAUUGUCCCACUUUUAUUGCAGUGAUGCAAACAAAAUCUGCUCCUUUUCCCUUUUGGGGUAUCCAAGAGCCCAUAUAGAGUCCUUACAUAGGUCCCCUAUCAGUUGGAGAAAAUAAUAAUAAUAAUAAUAAUAAUUUAUUAUUUAUACCCCACCCAUCUGGCUGGGUUUCCCCAGCCACUCUGGGCGGCUUCCAACAAAACACUAAAAUACAAAAACCUAUUAAACAUUAAAAUAACAGAGGCCAACUAGAGAAUAUUGAGACACAAAGCAGCUAGUAAGCCUGAUCUUUAUUCAACUGUUGCAACUCACCACAUGCAGGAGGGAGAAGGAACUCAGAACAAUGGUGUGCAAGCCCUUAUAUAGACUUUUGAAAUUGCCCACCCUCCAGCUCAAGGCCACCCCCAAAAACAUCAUACAUACAUCACAGAAGGAGGCGGUCUACAACAGAAAUCCUGUCUGCCAGGAUACCUGACAAUGGCCAGUGAUUGCUUUACCUGGGCAGCCUGGCCAUUCUUUUGUGAUGGUAAAUACUUUAAUUCCUGAAUCCAGGUCACAGGCUCACCCUAUUCAUACACAAAUACGCCUUUAAGACAGGUAAGCAAAAGACAAUGGAGAGACUUUCCCAUUUCCUUCCCCAUUCAGUGGCGUAGCGUGGGGGUGCGGGGGGGCCCGGCCGCACCGGGCGCAACAUCUGGGGGUUAGGGUUAGGGGGCGCAAAUCCACGGGUUAGGGGGGGCAAAUUACUUGCCUUGCCCCGGGUGCUGACAACCCACGCUACGCCACUGUCCCCAUUUGAGGUCAAUUUGGGAGAGUCAAAAUGGCUUCAGGAUUGCUCUCCUGUACUAUUUUAGACACGUGGUUUACAUACUUAUGUAUGUGUUUGCCUUGUAAAUUUAUGAACAUUUAAUUUAUAUAUCUGAGAUCUUUAAUUCUUAUAACAGCAGUGUAGAGCCAGUAUGCCCUUCCUGAAGGCAAAAAUGUGGCAGCUAAAUCUGAUGUGGGAGAUGCAUUAUGGCAUUUCCUUAAGUCUUCUUUUUUUGCUAAAUCAGCUAUGGGAAGGACAAUUAGAUUGAACCUGCUUUCUAUGGGGAAGGGGUCCUAAUUCCCCAACAUCAACUCACAACCUCAAUCCAAUUUCCCUCACCAAAGAAGCUACUCUAGCCAUGGAACUGAAAUAAUUUUGGCACUUACAAAUUUGUGGUGGCAUAACAUGAAAGGAAGAAGGUGGAAGGGGCUCCUUUACAUGCGUGCUCAAAUUCUGCUUACAGCUGUCCCCGGGUAUCAAAUAUUUGGCCAAGGACACAAGAUGUAGUUGCUAGAACAGGCCUUUGAUCAUUCGACAGCUUUAGCUUCUGAGGUCUCUUCCAGAGUACCAGCUUCUUAUGCCUCCUGAUUUCUCGGCGCAAAGUUUGCAGGCAGGAUAGACAACAUCAGUCUAUUUAUUCAGAUUUGUUUACAGGGAGGUUAGACUAUAUGGCGCCUAGCAAGUGUUAUCACACACUUUCCAGAGAAUUUCUCUUUUGCUUUUCUUAUUGCAAAAAAGUUCGUUGUUUGGGGAAAGUGGCUUUGUUGCGCAAGCCCUCUCAAAUGACUGAAACUGUGUGACUGUGAAUUCACUGGUACAUGACUGAAUCCCACCCAAAAAUAGCAGAAGUCUGGAAACACCCUCAGGUGUAGAAGCAGCUUUCAGGUGAAUAAUUUUGAUGACUCUUGUUAAGAACCCAAUCUUGGCUUCCUUCCAGGAUGAUGUUUAUUCCACCACGGGCAACGCCAUGAUCCCUGUGAAAUGGACGGCGCCAGAAGCAGCUAUCUACCAGACCUACUCUCCAAAAUCGGACGUUUGGUCCUAUGGGAUUUUUCUCUAUGAGGUGUUUACGUAUGGACAGUGCCCAUAUGAAGGUAAAGUAUUCAAGAAACAGUCAUUGCCCUGCUGUAAUCUUAGGGCAGGCUUCCUCAACCUCGGCCCUCCAGAUGUUUUGAGACUACAAUUCCCAUCAUCCCUGACCACUGGUCCUGCUUGCUAGGGAUCAUGGGAGUUGUAGGCCAAAAACAUCUGGAGGGCCGAGUUUGAGGAAGCCUGUCUUAGGGUAUGUUCAGAUUAGUUGCUUAAAAUCAAGUAGUAGUAGUAAUAAUAAUAAUAAUAAUAAUAAUAAUAAUUUAUUAUUUAUUAUUUAUUAUUUAUACCCCGCCCAUCUGGCUGGGUUUCCCCAGCCACUCAGGGCAGCUCCCUGCAGAAAAUUAAAAACACGAUAAAACAUCCAACAUUAAAAACUUCCAUAAACAGGACUUCAGAUGUCUUCUAAAAGUCAGAUAGUUGUUUAUUUCCUUGACAUCCAAUGGAAGGGCGUUCAACAGGGUGGGUGCCACCACCAAGAAGGCCCUCUGCCUGCUUCCCUGCAACCUCACUUCUCGCAAGGAGGGAACUGCCAGAAGGCCCUCAGCGCUGGACCUCAGUGUCCGGGCUGAAUGAUGGGAGUGGAGACGCCCCUUCAGGUAUACAGGGCUGAGGCCAUUUAGGGCUUUAAAGGUCAGCACCAAGCAAGGUCCCCACACACAGUUGCAUUUCAAACCACAUUUGCAGUGCUGUUCACAUCAGAAAAGGAGCAGGGAUGUCUUCACCCAACACAUGUGACCUUUUUGGUUUCCGUGUCCCUGCAGCCCCAUCUUCCAUAAACUCCUAUUCAUGAAGUUGUCAGCUGUGCAUGCGUGCUCACCUGCGCAUGUGCGAUGGCUGUCUCAAACGUUCACAUUACAGUGGUACCUCUGGUUACGUACUUAAUUCGUUCCGGAGGUCCGUUCUUAACCUGAAACUGUUCUUAACCUGAAGCACCACUUUAGCUAAUGGGGCCUCCCGCUGUUGCUGCACCGCUGGAGCACGAUUUCUGUUCUCAUCCUGAAGCAAAGUUCUUAACCUGAGGUACUAUUUCUGGGUUAGCAGAGUCUGUAACCUGAAGCAUCUGUAACCUGAAGCGUCUGUAACCUGAGGUACCACUGUACUGCUUACUCCGCAUCGAGGUUUCUGGCCAGAUUGAAGCUGGUUUGGAAAGGAAAGUAACACAUCUAAUGGCAGGAUUUGCCAAGAGACUAACUGGAGUGAUAUGGAUUGUGGCAAAUGUUGUGUGAAUGUGACUCAGAGCUCAAGUUCCACCAAGGUCAGCAGCAAAUACUGGGUGAUAAGCAACUUUAGGUUUGUAGCCUGAACAUGUGUAAAAUGGCAUUCCACACUAAGGUGGGAACUCAGUUUUUAGUGAUUAGAAAUCAGAGCCGUGCAGGCCUUGGAAAUGUUAUAGGGGGGAGGAAACUGCUCCUUUUCCCUUAUGGCAGGGGUCAGCAAACUUUUUCAGCAGGGGGCCAGUCCACUGUCCCUCAGACCUUGUUGGGGCCAGACUAUAUUUUGAAAAGGGGGAAAAAAAGGAACAAAUUCCUAUGCCCCACAAAUAACCCAGAGAUGCAUUUUAAAUAAAAGCACACAUUCUACUCAUGUAAAAACACGCUGAUUCCUGGAUCAUCCGCGGGCCAGACUGAGAAGGCAAUUGGGCCAGAUCUGGCCCCCGGACCUUAGUUUGCCUACCCAUGCCUUGUGGGGUAUGCAAGAGCCCAUACAGAGUCCUUAAGUGGGUCCCCUAUCGGUAGGAAAUAAUACAGAGGCCAACCAGAGUAUAUUGAGAAGCAAAGCGGCUAGUAAGCCUGAUCUUUAUUAAACUGUUGCAACAGGGUCUCCACUCACCACACGCAGAAGGGAGAAGGAACCCAGAACAAUGGUGUGCAAGCCCUUAUAUAGACUUUUGAAAUUGCCCCCCCUGUAGCCCAAGACCACCCCCCUAAACAUCAUAUAUACAUCACAGAAGGAGGAGGUCUACAGCAGAAAUCCUGUCUGCCAGGAUACCUGAUAACGGUCACUGAUUGCUUUACCUGGGAAGUCUAGCUAUUCUUUUAUGAUGGUUAAUACUUUAGUUCCUGAAUCCAGGUCACAGGCUCACCCUAUUCAUAUACAAAUAUGCCCUUAAGACAGGAUUUGCUAGCAAAAAUACAAUGGGAAGGCUUUCCCCAUUUUCCUCCCUUACUCCAGAGGAAUAUUUGAGGUCAUUUGGAGAGUCAAAAUGGCUUCAGGAUUGCUUUCCUGCACUAUUUCAGACACGUGGUUUAUAUAUUGAGGUAUGUGUUUGUCUCGUACAUUUAUGAACAUUUAAUUUAUAUUUGAGACCUUCAAGUUCUUAUAACAGAAACUUUAAAAGGAAUUUCAGGUGUGGGUAAUAAUAUCUAAAUUGCUUCAUGUUAUCUCAGAACUCAAAGGACAUAAACUAUGUGAGAUCCAAUUAACCCAAAGUCCACCGCUGGGCAAUACCUUUAUCAGGAUCAAUCAAUAACUCAGGAAAAUGUGACUCACUUUCAAGUUCUCCAAAACUCUUCAUCAGGCAAGACGUUACACAAAUUAAGAAGGCGACUGGAGGAGGGAAAAAUUAGGCUGAAUUUUACAGCCAUGGGAUCUACUUAAACUGAAGAUUGCAGACUAAUUACCUCCCAGGUGCUAAGAAAAUCAGACAAUGGGAUCCUGGGCUCCCUUGCAGACAACCUGUUUAUGGAGCAUUCAUUCUGAAUUGUUUUCUGGGGGGAUUAUAUAGCAUUGCAUCAAGCAAUGUCACCCCACAGUUUCUAGUGAAUUUUCACAUCACUUUCCCGAUCACAGAAAGCCCAAUAUUUUGGAAGGAAACCACAUUUGUUGCCAAGGGAUCUUAACAGAGCAACCUGCAUUUGGCAGUGUGUGACAGGGGCAGUCUGGAAGCACCCUAAGAUGAAGAAUUGAAAAAUGUCUCCUUACCCCCACUAGCUAGGAGAAAACCUGGCAGACAACCCACUUCUGCCCCACAUCUUAAACCAGGGUGGGCAAACACUUUCAGCCUAAGGCAGUGAUGGCCAAACUUGGCCCUCCAGCUGCUUUGGGACUACAACUCCCAUCAUCCCUAGCUAACGGGACCCAGAGGUCAGGGAUGAUGGGAAUUGUAGUCCUGAAACAGCUGGAGGGCCAAGUUUGGCCAUCACUGGCCUAAGGGCUUUUGCAUUUGCUUCUAUGCAACUUCACCCUUGGAGGCGUGGCCAGAGUCAAAAGUGGGUGGGGCAGCAACAAGAGGGCGGAGCAAAUUUUUACAUUUGCGCAGUAAGCCGAUAGGAUCUACACAUAUACACAGCCUCUGUCCUCCAUCCAGCAAGAGGGUUUAUCAGAGUUCAAGGACCCAAGAUGAGAAGCAGAAUUGCUGAGGGGUCUGGCCUGUAGGGCUGCAUUUGGUCCUUGGAUGCAAGGCUAUCAUAGACUAAUAUCAAAGACACGUAGAGUUGGAAGGGACCCUAAAGAUCAUCCAAUCCAACCCCCUGUAAUGCAGGAAUCUGCAGCUGUCCCAUACUGGGCCCGAACCUGCAACCUUUGUGUUAUCAGCACCAUGCUCUAACCAACUGAGCUAUCCGUGCCUGACUAUUGCCUUCAACAAAACACCCCAGGUUUCUGGGCAGGCGUAGAGCAGAAAUGAAGAGGAACGCAGCAGUCUGUGUUUAAUGUAUAUAUUGCGGUUGCCACUGUGGUCUAAACCACUGAGUCUCUUGGGCUUGCCAAUCGGAAGGUCAGUGGUUCGAAUCCCUGCAACGGAGUGAGCUCCCAUUGUUCUGUCCCAGCUCCUGCCAACCUAGCAGUUUGAAAGCACACCAGUGCAAGUAGAUAAAUAGGUACCGCUCCGGUGGGAAGGUAAACGGCGUUUCUGUGCACUCUGGUUUCUGUCAUGGUGUCCUGUUGCGCCAGAAGCGGUUUUGUCAUGCUGGCCACACGACCCAGAAAGCUGUCUGUGGACAAACGCCGGCUGCCUCGGCCUGAAAGCGAGAUGGGCGCCACACCCCAUAGUCGCCUUUGAUUGGACUUAACCAUCCAGGGGUCCUUUAAAAGUAAAGGGGAACCCUGACCAUUAGGUCCAGUCGCAAACGACUCUGGGAUUGCGGCACUCAUCUCGCUUUAUUGGCCGAGGGAGCCAGCGUACAGCUUCCGGGUCAUGUGGCCAGCAUGACUAAACCGCUUCUGGCGAACCAGAGCAGCGCAUGGAAACGCCAUUUACCUUCCCGCCGGAGCGGUACCUAUUUAUCUACUUGCACUUUGACGUGCUUUUGAACUGCUAGGUUGGCAGGAGCUGGGACUGAGAAGUGGGAGCUCACCCCGUCGCUGGGAUUCGAACCGCCGACCUUCUAAUUGCCAAGUCCUAGGCUCUGUGAUUUAACGCAUAGCGCCACCCGCAUCUCUAGGGGUCCUUUGCCUUUACCUUUUUAUGUAUAUAUUAAUGUAAUAAAUAAUAUCUAUCUAAUACCUGGAUACAGUGGACGCUCGGGUUGCGAAUGUGAUCCGUGUGGGAUGCACAUUCACAACCCGCAGCGUUCGCAACCCGCAGCGCUGCGUCUGUGCAUGCACGGGUUGCGAUUUGGUGCUUCUGCGCAUGCGCAACCUCCGAAACCUAGAAGUAACCCGUUCCGGUACUUCCAGGUUUCGGCACAUCCAUAACCCAAAAAAACGCAACCUGAAGCGUCUGUAACACGAGGUAUGACUGUAUAUGUUAUUGCUUCCAGGGAUGACCAACCAAGAAACUAUCCAGCAGAUCACCCGGGGCUACCGCCUCCCCCGUCCCAACAGCUGCCCUGCUGAGGUUUACAGCGUCAUGCUGGAGUGUUGGAAAAGUCACCCAGAGGACCGGCCGCCUUUCCACAGCCUGAGGGAGAUGCUCUUCUGCAUCUACAAAUGGGGCCACUACCCAUUUUCUUGA